CCCGCCCCAAAGUGCUGCCAGGCGAGGAGGAGCCCUAUGUUAUCAUUGUGGGCGGUGGAAGGGGCUUUCUCUCUAAUGUAUAGGGGAGUUUCCAGGAAGUGCAGUGGCCAUAUUGGAUCUCAUUGAGAUCUAGCAGCAGGGAUUACAUCAAUUCAGUAGAAUACAGCUCAGGAGACGGCUGGGGAUUUGAAACAUUUAAGCAUUCCAUCAUGGCUGCCUGUGAUAUAGAGAGAGGAGGGGUAAGUACCCCUAGAGCAACAUUGCCCCCUUUCAGGGGCAAUCAUGGGCAUGGCUGGCAGGGCUGCAGCACACAGAAUGUGUCCAGCACACCUUGGGCAUUGGCAGGCUGCAGUACAUGGGGCUCACUGGGAAAGAACAGUUCUGUAGAAAGUGCUAACUGUGGAACAGUAACCAUGGAAACCUAUGGAAUGUUCUUUCUGAUUGCUCCACAUUUAGAUUACUAUUAUUUAUUUAUUUUUGCCAACCAGUGUGAAUCGGUAUACAUGUUUAGGUCCCAUUGAUUCAAGAUAUCAAACAGUUUAUUAUGAAUGGGAAAGUUUCUCUGCCAACAGCAGCAAGUUAGCCAUUCUGUCUGUUACAGUUAAAAUGAUAUCUUUUUAUAAUCUACCACUCCUCACUGGGCCAGAUCAAAAUAAGGCUCUGCCAAUCAGUGAUGGGGCAUUGCAUUGCUAUCUUGUAGAUAAGGCUCUGCCAAUCAGUGAUGGGGUGAUGGGGCAAUGCAUUGCUAUCUUGUAGAUAUAUCACUGCUCAGGCCGUCCUGCAUUUCAGCAAUAUAAAUACUAAUUCUAUAUAUUUUCUUUAUUUGGGUAUUUUACUGAAAUAUAAAUGUGCUUUGUGAAUCCUAUUUUUAUUUGAGUUUCAAGUGAAAUAUGAUGUAUAACUUUUACAAUCAAUAGUGAUGUGACCUCUAUGGCAGGCAUUCUUUUAAAUGUGCCUAAAAAUAUUGUUUAGUACUGUCUUUAAGGCAGUCCCUUAUAAUAUUUCAGUAUUUAAAAAAAAAUAUAUAUUCCAUUAACUGGAAGGUUAUGCCAUUUGUAUACAUUUUUCAAAACUUUAUUUUUUAAAAUAUUUUUAUGGUGUGCGUUUACAAUGUUUUUUGUUUUAUUUUUUGUCAUGUUACAAAAAAGUAAUUGUGUUUUUGAAGCACCCAAAGGGUUAAUCGCUACUCAUUUUCAUUGCUGGUCAUUCAGAUGCCUGCCCUGCUAUGUAAAUGAAGGGUGUCUCACUCCAGCUCAGCUUUCUUUUUGUUGAUGCCACUUUUGCCAGCCAGCUGUUUGACAGGAGCUUUGGACUUGGCUGCCUGUUUUAUUCACUCUGCCUAGCUCAGCAAAGUCUCCCCUGCACAAUGCACUGCAUAAUGUGUGGAAUUUCAAUAACAAAAGCUGUAACAAUUAAAGCUUAGUGGAUGAAGGACCAUCAUUGGGGAACCUAAACUGGAUUAACCUGUUAAAUGUAACUUUAACUGAAGAUUUAAUUGGUAUAAAUUGCUUAAAUGGCAAACCAGUUGGGUGGUGAACAUUUUUAAAUGUUAGUUGCUAAGGUAUGAAUUGUUGAGAAUCCAAAGUGCAUUUCAUAUAUAGGCUAAAUUAGCAGAAUGGAAAAUAUUCUUCAAGUCAGUUAGGUCUUUAGAUUGACCGACUGUUUUACCUAAAUUUGGUAUCUGCUGUGAAUUCCUCACAAUUCAUCAUUUAUUGAAUAGUGAUGUUUGUGUGUCUUCCCUAUCUUUUUAAAGUUGCCAUCUCUCUUACCCAUGUCAUGGACACUCCUGUGUCUCAUUUCUUUUUUUUCUAAUCACUCUGGGGAUUAUUCAUAAACUGAAUUUGGAAACCUUGAAAGUCGAUUUUGCAAAGGAAGCAGGGGCAGGAAUUUAUUUAAAAAAAAAAUCAAAAAAAAAAAAUCAGCCAAACCUGGAAUUGACUAUGGAUUUGGAUAUUUUAGUCUAAAAUUGCAGAGCUAUAAAAAAAAAAAAAAAAUGCUGGUUUUGAUAUUUCCAUUGACAGUUGCUGUGGAUCCUCUCUACUUUGGCCUAUGUUUUGCAGUUAGUUUGUAGUUGCAACAAUACAUUGUUACAUACCCAAUAUUAUGUCAGCGUUUGCAAAGUUUUGUUCUGCAACUUACUCUGGUGUUCAGUUGCGUGAAGUUAUUUUAUUUAGUCUGGAAGAGCGUUCUGGGAGUUAUAGACCAGAAGAAUCUGGGCGUCCACAAUUUGAAUGACUUGCUUUAAGACACAAUCUUUGAGUGUUUGCCUGUACGUGAUGAAGGUGCCAUUGCCUUUCUAGUGAUUGCAUUUGACAGGUAUGCUUGUAAUGCAAUUGACAUGUAUGGUUUUGCAAGCUCCUUUUUGACAGCACUACGGGCUGUUCCCUAUUCCUUGCGCCACACUUGGCUGAAGUGUUUAGCAGAACACUGUAAUUUCUGCGUUCCCACCAAAUUCUACAUUCUGCCUUUUCCUUGUUCUAUUUAUAAUGUGGCAUUACAUUGUAGCAAGGCGCGUCACACAUUCUAUUGCUUGGUGUCUGUGAGAAGAUGUCAUGGGAGUGGGAGGCCUGAGGCUUUUUUUCAGUGUAACGCCUGACCUUCUGGUUUUACAGGAGGUAAACUGGCAAAACUUUAUCACUAAGGGAACCUGUAGUAUAUAAUCUGUGUAUAAAAGGAUUGAAUAUCUGUGAAUGUCAGACAAGAAUGAAAUUCUAGCAAUUGUUGGAGGCUAGACCUUUAUACCAGUUAAUUCAUUGUCAGCUGUUUUGAGAAUCUUAAGGUCAGUGAAGGCUAACCCUUGGCUUCUCAAAUGUUUUCCAUCAUACUUGACUACUUUUGAGGGCUCAUGCUUAGCCAUCAAUAGAGAUGUUGCAAACUGUCUGCCGAACUGUCCGCCGGCGAACAAUAGCGUGUUCGCGUUGGGCGAACAUAUCCGAUUUCCGGUCCGCCCCCUAUACGUCAUCAUUGAGUAAACUUUGACCCGGAACCUCACAGCCAGCAGACACAUUCCACCCAAUCAGCAGCAUACCCUCCCUCCCAGGAAGUGUCUGCUGACUGUGAGGUUCCGGGUCAAAGUUUACUCAAUGAUGACGUAUAGGGGGCGGACCGGAAAUCGGAUAUGUUCGCCCAACGCGAACACGCUAUUGUUCGCCGGCGGACAGUUCGCGAACAGUUCGGCGAACAGUUCGCGACAUCUCUAGCCAUCAAUCAUUUAGGCCAGGGGUAGGCAACCUUUUAGCAGUACUGUGCGGAUAUAUAGGAUUGUGAUGUCCCAUAGCGUAGCCGGUCCUAUUUUUUUAAAUUGAGGUGUGUAUGCUGCCGUAUUCUGCUUGUUAUUUUUACUGCAGUUGCUUUGCAUCGUUGUAUUUGUGCAUAUAUAAGCUAUUAUAUUGUAUAUGUUCAUUAGUAUUUUAUGGUAUUGUGUAUGAUACAUAUGAAUAUGGGCUGUGUAUGAGGGUUGCUUGUGGAAUUUUGUGUGUGUGUGUGUGUGUGUGUGUGUGUGGAUGGAUAUGUCACAUUGUGUGUUUGGUAGUGUGUGUGGGCUGUUUGGGGUAUUGCAUGUGACAUUGUGUGCAUGUAUUUGGAUUGUUAGCGGGUUACGUUUGUGCAGAUUGUGUGUAUGUUUGUGUGUGGGGGCUGCUCGUAUUAUUUGUAUAAGGGGAGGGUUAUUCUUCAUUUCUCUGUUAUGAAUGUAAAUUAGUGAUAGUAAAAUGUCUAUUUACUGUGUAUACCUGUAUUCAAUAUCUACUCAAAAUGGCUGCUAGAGCACCCCCUCCCACCGACUAACUACCUCGUGUAACAAGAUGGCGCCUACAUCCGGAGUAAAAUCCUGGGAUGAUGGUGACAUCACGCCUCGUAGGAUGUGCAUUAGAUAAGACACUUUAACACCUAACCAAUUAAAGAUGUAUUCUCUCUGUUAUCUACAUUUUUGCAUAUGAUGUAUUUUUGCCUUUUAUAAGGGGCUUGCCGCCCCCUGAGUAAACAUUCCAAAGUUUUUCAUUAACCUGAUACCUGUGUCUCAGUGUAAUUUACUUCAGAGCGUGCACGCAUUUAUUUUAACAAUUUGGAAAGGAGCAGAUACUCAAAUAAACACUUGGUUUGAUCCACAAUAUCUGUGUAUAUCUAGCAGUAUGGUUGGCUUCCCUGGGUUCCAGUGGGGACCAGGCUGGCCUGGUACAGGUCAAAGACAGAAGCUGCAACAGCAAGGAAGUGAUCUGAGAUCAUUUCCUCUAUGUGCUGCAAUUCUUAAAUUGAGGAUUGUCCUUCACCACCUUUUCGUAUUAGCAGAUAUUUGAAGUUUUACUGGGACUCCGAUAGACCAGAGCCUGUUUGGCUCUAGCAGCCUUGAGUGCCGUGGAAAGACACCUUCAGUGCCGUGCAUGGCAUUAGUGCCGUAGGUUGCCUACCCCUGGUUUAGGCAAUCAAACAUCUGCAUACCACCUGGAGUUACCGGAUACUUGGUUCAUGAAGCAGGAAGUGACUGUGUGUUCAGAGCCAAUCCCAGGCUCUCUUUUUGUUUGUGGUGAGAUUGCUGAGCAUUCCCAUAAACCAAUGCAUUUGUAGAUUGGUAAUUUUAAAGUUCCAAAUAGCAUUCACAGCCUGCCGGUAAAAGUGCAAUAAUCUCAGUAUACAGCGAAACACGCCAACCUGAGAAAUACAUGUUUUUUAAAAAAAUUUUUUUAUUUCUUUUCUUUUAAAAAGUGCAAAUGUGAGUGGUUACAAAAACGUGAGUGUGUGAAUAAAAGUCACUGAAAAAUAUUAAUUGCUAGGUUUUUUUAAAAUUAUUUCAUUGGUAUGUUAGAUCACUGCUAGCUUAAAGGGACACUAUAGUCAUCAAAACACCUAUAGCUUGAUGAUACAGUUUUUGUGUAUAGCUCAUGCUUCUGAAGUAUCACUGCAAUUUAGGAGUUAAAUCACUUUUGUUUCUGUUUAUACAGCCCUAGCCACAUCUUCCCUGGCUGUGACUCACCACAUGAAAAAAGUUUAUCUUUAAAUCAGAUGUAACUUUAAAAGUUUUUUUUUUUUUCUCCUGUUCUGUAAAUUGAACUUUAAUUACACACAGGAGGAUCCUGCAGGGUCUAGCAAGCUAUUAACAGAGAAGGACAUAAACAAACUUCUGCAUUAGACAGAAUUUGCAAUAAAGGAAGUGUAAACAUUAGAUGUCUCUUUACAGGAAGUGCUUAGGAAGGCUGUGUAAGUCACAUGCAGGUAGGUGUGGCUAGGGCUGCAUAAACAAAGGGAUUUAACACCUAAAUGGCAGAGAAUGAGCAGUGAGUCUGCAGGGACAUUAUCUACACCAAAACUUCUCCAUUAAGCUAAAGUGGUUUUGAUGACUGCAGUGUCCCUUUUUAAUUUUUUUAUUUUUUUUUAUUUUUUUUAUAGUUUAGAACCAAACCACUUAUUCUUUGUGGCAGCAUUGAAUGAGAAGUGUAUUAAACAGGUGAGCAUACACGUUAGUCAGCUUCCUGUUUAUACAUUAAUUUACAUGCUAUGCCACAUCCUACAAUGUCUGCUAGGUAAGUGACUGCUUUAUGAAGAUGAUUUUAUAAUGGUGAAAGUAUCUCUAACACAGGCAUGUGUUUUUCUCUCUUUUUCUUAUAGUUUUAUUGAUUUAACAGCUGUAUCAUUAUUUAGUGGAACUGUCACUUGUGAGGUCUCUUGUAUUUCCUUUCUAUUUGUUGUUUUUUAUUUUUUUAUUUUUGUUUUAUUUUUCUAGUGCACAUUACAUACAGUCUUGAGGUGCCCCAACAGCAAUCCUCAGGCUUAUCAGCAAGUAGUACAACUGGGGUAUUGGAAGAUGCAUGCACAAUUUUAUAAUAUAAAGAACAUGUAGUUAUGUUGAUUUAAUGCUAGAGCGAGUAGAUAUGCUUAACUAGCAAUGUUAGAACAAAUAGGUAUGUGAUGAAGGCAAACAAACUAUGAGUAGCUCGAGUAGUACCACUGGGUGCUCACAGGACGGUUGGUUAAAGCAAACCAAACCAUGAUUGUCUGCAUAAAAAUAAGUAACAAUUCACUGUGGAGCCAGCGAGUGGAAGGCAAGUGUGCCGGCAAGAGACAUUGUACCUGAUCAGCCUAUGCCCCUCUGGGGCAGGUCACAUUCCCAUAACGGUGAGUCAGCCACUGAGCACAUUAGCCCCAAUGAAGGACGAGAGAACAGUAGAGUGGAGCGUGGGAAUAUGUGGAGCAGGAGCCCCUGCAGGACUGGUGGUAAGCUGCGAGUGGUAGGAGAUGGCAGCAUGUGCCCUGGCCUUCUCCGCCUUCCAUCAGACCCGUGUAGGCAGCACCCCAAGGUUAAGUAUAGUGACAGAGGGCAGUAGCAAAAAAAUAUAUAUUUACAUGAAACCGGGUCCGUGUGGACCAAUAGAUCUUUCAAAUUUAUGCCCGUUGUUGUUGUUUUUUUUUUUUUUUUUUUUCCUUAAAACAAUGGGGCAAUAAUGUCCUUCAGACGCUUGGAUCAGUAGUGUACACCGUCAACAAUUCUGCUUGGUUCCUUAUUGUGGCACUUCUCAAGUGCUUCGUUCAGUAUCUUGGAUCUGUAUCCUCUCUGUCCGAAUCUAUCCCAUGUUGCAAAAACUUGCUGUUCUGCCACAUCUGGGUCUGAAUUGUUCCUGUAUAGUCCUUCAAAAAUUGUGACAAAGGCAGUGAAGCCUUGACGUGCGGAAGAUGGAAACUGCUUGCUUGUAGUAAUGUAUUGCGAUCUGUCGGCUUGCUUUAUAAUGUAUGUUUAAACUGGCUCCAGAUCUUUCAGUUCUCCCAUCAAGGAAUUCCAUGACUUAAUUGCUGCAUUUUGCAGUAAGUUGUACUGGCGAAAUCCUCCAUAAAAAUGUCAUCUAUAAACCUCAAUUAUGUCUGCAUAGGGGGUCAAAAUGUGCUCUUAUUCGAAACAAUACAUUUAGCCAUUGGCAUACAUGGGUGCCAUGCCUGCACGGAUGGAUGUGCCCAAGAUUUGUAGAAACCACCUGUUCUCAAAACAAAAAUAGUUGUGGGUAAACGUUAAUUCCAAUAACUCCAACACAUCAAUUGAUGAACCUUAAAAUGUCUCAUUGCUUCAAUGCCAUCCUGGUGGGGUGGAGUAUAGUGUACAAACUGUUUACAUCACAUGUUAACAGAGUUACAUCUUGAUUUAGCAGUGUGAUGGUUUUUAAAUGGAUUAUCAAAUCACCUGUAUAAUGCAAGUUGGCUGUUGUUGUUAUAUGGGCUUUUUGAACAAAUAAUUCAGCCACGUUGCGACAGGUUCUAUUAUGCCUCUUUUUGCAGACACAGUAAGGGAUCCAGGGAGAUUUUUGAGUCCUUGUUUACGUUUGGGAUACAAUAAUUUACCCACUGGUGUUCUUGGGCUAUGUUUCUACAAAAGUUUAAACAGAUCUGAGAUGUGACCCUUGUCUAACUCACUCUGCAAGACUCCUCCAAAAAUAGCCAUCGGUAUGAUAGUGAGGUCUCCAGGCUCCCUUUAUACCUUGUUUUAGGGCUUAUCCCUGGUAUUUUCUAUAGUUUUGAACAACUAUUCCUACACCCUUGUCCACCCCUCUAAUCACUAUACAGUAGUGUUGUCUUACAAAGAUUUUAUUUUUUUCCUUUCUCUGUUGGUGAUGUCAGAAUUGAGGGGUUGCUUUGAUUGUUGUACUUGUGUAGUCUCUCUUUGUACUGAAUUAAAAAAUGUUUUGAUAGAUUUGGCUGUGGAUCAAACAAAUUAUUUGGUUGAAAUUGCCUUGUUUCUUCUCUCUCCAGGAGAUUUACCAUUGGGGGAAAAAAAAAAAUCAUUAAGUCGUAGUGACCUUUUUAAAUCUAUAUAAACCCACUUCCCAUUUAAAUGCGUAUGGUUGCACCGUAGGUACUUAUAAUCUCCUCUGCUCAAUAGUAAAAAUUCUUCUUUAUCAAGGUAACUGGAGAACAAAUUGAAAACAAGCUUUAUUUAUUGUGUCUAGUGGAUGACUUCUUGCCCCGGUACACUUUGACUCUUCUCUCUCUCUUCUUGUGAAUCGUCUGUCUGUCUGUUUUUCAUCUCUCUUUGAAAUGGGUUUGGGUGGUCUGUCCUGCGAUAACAAGGUGUUUCUAGAAUACUCCGGUUAUUGCAGUGGCUGUUGUUGUUGGCUGCUCUGCUGAGCAUGUAUCUUAAGUUGAUUCUCUGGAGGUAGCAUAGAUGGUAAACUGGGACUGGUUUUCUUAUACGUCUUUGUUUCAUGGCUGUGGUCUAUUUGUCUCUCCCCACAGCCAUCUAUAGACUUUCUAUUUAUUAAUUAUUAUUUUUUUUAAAUAAUAUUCCUUCACUUUCUACUGGUUUUUUUUUAAAUAUUUUUUUUAUUUUAUUUUUUUAAAGCAUGUAAGAUCAGUUUUCUAUGGAUUCACCUUUUAUUACAGCUUCAGUAUUGUAGAAUUGUCCUCUCUUUUGUUUAAUAGCACUGCAUGUUAAUUUUGCAUUAAUUUGUUUGUGUAUUAAUACCAGAAAAGAUGGACCAGAAUAGUAGGGUUGAGGGCUCUGCUCUAUGAGCUUACAUGAUAGAGGGAGUGAGGGUAAAGUGACACACAAAGUAAGGGUAGAGUAGAAAACUAUUCUUGCUCGAAUAGUAUUCACUGAUGGCUUGAGUCUGAUGAAAGAAUAGUAAUUAAUCUGAAAUGUUGAUACUUCUCCAGCCACUGCCAAUAUGUCUACAUGAAGGAGAGCAUUCAUAUAUAGUGUAACAACCCUUGAUCAGUUAAAUUAAACAUAGCAAUUGAUACUUCCUUCUAAUAUAUGUGUGUGUGUGUAUGUAUAUGUGUGUAUAUAUAUAUAUAUAUAUAUAUAUAUAUAUAUAUAUAUACACACACACACAUUUUUUUUAACCUUGGCCACAAGAGGUUAAAGGUCACUCCAAUGGACCUUACUGGGUUGCUAUUGAAUUGUAUAUGCAUUGUGGCACACUGUUUACGUAAAACCAGCUCCCACAGGGUUAUUCACUAAAGUGAAUUUAAAAUUUAAAGGGCUACGCCAACUUUUUUUUACUUUUUUCCAUUAUUGUUUAGUAUUCCCCGCUCCAAACGCAAAAAUAAUAAAAAAUACGUUAAAAUAUUACUGAAUUCGGCGCUCCCCGUCUGACGUAAUGGCAACCGUUGCAAGGUCUACUCAGAGGUUGGAAUGUUGAACCGGCUUAGCCCAUGUGCGUGCUCUAGGGAGGGAGAGAAGGUGGGAAGGCGGUAGGAAAAAAUGUAAAAAAACUUAGGGUAAAGGGUAGUGUGGAGGACUUCAGUGAAGGAGGGAGGGCAGACAAGCAUAAGGUAAUUACCACUGUUACCAGCGUGCAGUGCGCACUGAAAAUGGAUGUGUUCAUGGCUGCCAAAGUCACGUGUGCUGGGGAUGUAACUAACCUCUGGCACAAAAGUGAAAAUAUCUCCGCAUGUGCAGUGUUUCAAUCUGAAAUGCUGCAAAUACAGAUUUCAACCACCAUGACCGGUUCUGAAAGCAGAAAUGCCAAACUGGAAAUAUUUCUAAGCUCUGCUUUCAGUUCAGCUACUCUGGCUUUAAAUGUACACACGUUUUUUAAAUUUAUAUUUUUGUACGUUUCUUACUUUAAUGAAUAACCCGGCCAGUACUACAGAACUCAUAGCUUAUUUUUGUAUAUAAUUAUGUGUAUGUUUACGAAUUAAUUCUCACACAUGUCUGUAUAUUUGUAAUGCGUUAUUUUUUUGUAGUGACUCUGGCUACCUAUAGAAAUUAAUUUUAUUUUAUACUCUGGAUUUUUGAAAGCUGCACAUUCCUCUGGAUUUAACUGUGUCUGUUAUGCUAACUUCUUGCAUAAACAAUCUUUCUAAUUUAUCAUGCACAAAAAAAUGUUUGCCUCUAGCAUCAGUUCUUGACAUUCUUUCAUGUCAAGCUUGGUAAAGCCCCCCAACCCCGGUUAAGAAAAAUAAAAUAAUUUCAGACACGUCGGCGAUAUACUGUAUUCCUGGUUUGUAUUGUCCUUAAAGCGACAGUAAAAAUAUCUUUUGUUUUAUUCUAGUCUCCCUCUCCACUGGUUAAAGUGUGUGUGUGUUUUUUUUUUUUUAAGUUUGUUACGAAUUAAUAGUACAGUUCACAUAUGUUAAAUUCUGCAGAAUUUGCUGGUAUCGUAUAAAUGUCUUUGCAAUAAGUAAAUGUCAAAAAUUCUGAUUUAUAAAUGUAUCUACCCCCAAAACACAGCAAAAAAUAAAACCCAAUUAGUUUGCCUUAAAAAUGGCCAUCAAAAAGCCAUAAGUUAUAAUUUCGUGGAUCCUUACUGCUGAUUUCUCAUUGUUAUGCGCCAUUGAGUUGUCAGACUGUAUGUGUUUUUUCUGGCUAUUAAAAUGCCAAGAUAUGGUUGUGAUAGUUUUGUGAAUAUGUAGCAUCUCUGACACGUGUAGCGGGAAAUUAGCAUUGUUCUUUUGUAUUGAAUAGCAAACGCUAUCCUGAUUAUUCACAAAACUGCUAAAUUUUAGGAAUUGCCCAGAAAAUUGAAACUUUCAAGGCAAAAGAGCCAAGAUAGUUGAUCUGAAAUAAAUAGAGUUGUCAUGGGCCCGGCAGUCCCAGGCCCCACAUUUUCUCUCUGCACAUAUAUAUUUAUAUAGCGAUGAUUGAUAUAUAUAUAUAUAUAUAUAUAUAUAUAUAUAUAUAUAUAUAUAUAUAUAUCUCUAUCUAUCACUCACAGGUCUUCAUCCAAAGUCUGGUUUAUUCUUUAGUGCAAAUUACAUGUGCAAAUAUUUAAACAAUCAACGUUUCGACCCCCUCACAGGGGUCGAAACGUUGAGUGUUUAAAGAUUUGCACUAAAGAAUAAACCAGACUUUGGAUGAAGACCUGUGAGUGCUCCUUAUAUAUUGAUUUGUGUGUGUUGCUAAGGGCCCCUGGCUCCCUGUACUUGCAGAGGGGACCCAGCCGACUGCAUCUGUACUUUACAGAUCUUCCCUCUCUCUCUAACUCCCGCAAGAUCCACGGCUGUCAGAGCGUUGCCACGGGUUACCAUGGCAAUGCUCCGCGCGGCACGCACGCCACGCUUGCGGGAGUUAGAGAGAGGGAAGAGCUGUAAUGUGCUCCUGCAGUCUGCUGGGCCCCCUCUGCAAGUACAGGGAGCCGGGGGGCACCACCAUGCCACUGGACCCCCAGCCUCAGCCAUAUAUCUGGCUCGAGAUGUUCAUAUUAUCGGACCACAUGCCAACUCUCUGAAAUCACUGGCCACCUUUCAGCCUUCCCCUGGCUGGCGGAGUAUGAGGGGAUCGGAGUCCACAAGUGAUUGGGUGCCAAAGGUUAGAACAUCACUGCUGCAACCACCAUAUACCAUCACGAAUCCAUGCUGAAAUCUUUAUUCCCUAUCCUUACUUAACCAUUUCAUGCCUGGAGUCUGUGUAACAAUAUGACUGCUAAUCAUGCUGACUCUCAUAGUUGAACUCUGCAGUGAUGGGUCAUUGUGUAGGAAGUGGUUAAUCGGCAUCUACUGUACAAUCCACAAAAAUGUGGAGCGCAGCUCUAGAUGGCUCUGCAUUAGAUCAUUUGUGACACCUGUCCUGGCUGUCAGUGUACACAGUGCUGGUUCUGUGGGAGAUGCUCUGUUUUGGAAUGCCAUUAACCCUCUGCUAACUGUAAUGUAAGGGAUGCAGGCCAAACCAGAAACCAUCUCUUUAAAAUAACCAUCUCUGUUCUAAAUUACUAAAUAAUUAAUAAGCAAUGAUAGCAGGGAUGGAAUCUCCCCCUCCCUGAACCACUGACACCCUGCACUCGCUACACUGACGCACACCCUGCACUCGCUACACUGACGCACACCCUGCACUCGCUACACUGACGCACACCCUGCACUCGCUACACUGACGCACACCCUGCACUCGCUACACUGACGCACACCCUGCACUCGCUACACUUACAACCUGUUUUCACGGUACACACACUACAUCCACCACACAUUCAAACACUCUGCAUUCACUAUACAGAGACACUGCGUCUAAUACACACACAACAUCCACUACAGACACUGCAUCCACUAAACACAUUGCGUCUAAUACACACAAACACUACAUCACUGUACACACACUACAUCCAAUACACACAAACACUACAUCCACUACACUAACACACUCUGCGUUCACUAUACACACUGCACCCGCUACACACACACACUCUCUGCAUUCACUGCACAAACAUUAUCUAAUACACACAAACACUACAUCCAUUACACACAUUCUAAUUAACUUCCACUAUACACACCACAUUCAGUCGUGCAUCACUGACAGCGGACUAGGUAGGAGACCUGUGGGCGAACUCGUGCUUUGUCAGGGGCCCCAAAAUUUCUGAUGACAGCCCUGGUGAGGAGGUUACCAUGCGGACAGGCUGCGUCACAGGUGUGGAGGAGUAUCUGGGGGUUUACGGGUGGCACAGUCCACCACUGACCAUACCCUUGGGGAAUUGCAGAAGGGUUAUCAAGACCUAAUUUCCCGGGUGGAUGUGUUGGAGGAAAGAACCAGGACAAGGAAUCUUCAAAUUUGCGGAAUUCUAGAUCAAAUUAGAACAGUAGAACUUCCUUGUCAUUUCUGAAGAUCAAUUUUUUUUUUUUUUUUUUUUUUUAAGUUUUUUGCUUUUAAAUGGCAGUGGAGAGUCAUAUACAGCUUGCUUAGGUGGCUAAGGGUCCCCUGGAAGCCUCCAAGGAUGUCUUAAUGACAUUUUAAAUAGAGGCUGAUAAGUGAGAAAUAUGCCAGCUAUGUAUUAUGAACUCUCGCAGUUAUCCCUUUUUUUGGGAUCUAUUACAGGACACUAUUCAGUGGCAUAGGGCUUUUCAUCCAAUUACUAAUUUCUCUGGGAAAGGGAGAUACCAUACACCUAGGGGCUAUGCAGGCUCCAAGCAGCUGGAGCUUCUACAUGUUUCAAAGCCUUGGGGUUGCCCACUGACAUUUAUUUAUUUAUUUAUUUAUUUUUGCUUUCUCAAUCUCUGCACUGCUUGGAUACGGCACCAACAGUUCCUUCCCCCCCACCCACCCCCACAGCUAACACCGGCAAAGUAAUCAUCUUACCCUGGACAAGAGUACCUUCCGGACUGGUUCCAUUAGUGCCUUGCACCAUUUUGUUUUUGUGUGUAUCUUGAGUUAUAGUAAAUUUUAUGCCCUUUUCAGUUCAUACUUGUUACAGUACUUCUUGCGAUGUUUACGGUUCACAUACCAGUAGAAUUCAUGUCCCCCACUGCGUAUUAUGCUCUUUAUGUGGCUGUUAAAGAAGCAGACAUCAUUAUAAUUGUAGCACUUACGCUUUCCUCUUAUUGCACCAUUGUAGUGAGCUAUGUUUGUUUAUAGUAAUGUGUUUUUUUUUCAUCUCAAGCAGCUACCUAAAAUCACAGUUCUACGUUUGUGUGUGUGUGUGUUUUUCUGUGUUAUAUACUUGGAAUUGCGACACAAAAAAUAAAUAAAUUUUGAAAUUGCCUGAUGAUUCAUGGUACAGUGAAAAACCUUUUAUGUAUGCUUAAGUUAAUUUUUGAAGUUGCUUGAACUUUGAACCAGUGCAGUCAUAAUUUUUGGAAACCUGAACAAGGUUGGAACACACAGGCCGCCUUCUAACUUGCAAGACAGGGCACAUCCUGAGCGCAGUCUAUCUUCUCCUCCGACAUGCAAAUCAGACCAGUAAACAUUUGGAACAUUGACCUGUCUGCUUUUCAGUGAUAUUGAAUUUGUGGUUUAAAUUGUUUCUUUAAAAGAAGCUAAAGUUACAUUAUUUUUAGGUAGUAAAACAGCUCUUUACAGAUUCACAUGUUUUAACGCAGUGUGCUCUCUUCUUGACUGCUGAUUUGUCGUUUUGGCUUUUGAGAAUCUAUACUUAUCCACAAGCCAGUCCAUAGCGGAAUUCAGUUAGGUGACAAUAUCUCCGUGACCAAUCCUCACUUUUAUAUGAAAUGCAAUAGUCAACCUAACUGGGAUCGCAUCUAUUAAAUCCAUAAAUAAGAUGGCCAUCAGGGAAGCCUGUGUAUUUCACAGUUAAGCAUGGAGGAGCCCUGUAUGGCCCAUAAUGGUUUGUAUCACAAUGUAGUACAAUGCCAUUUGAUCAUAUUAGUUUAUUCUUCCUCUCUUUUUGUAAAUCAGGAAUUGUGUACAAUGCAGUACUAAAUGGCAAGUUAUAGGCCAAAAUAGACGUACUGUAAUCUAUUUUUCAGGCCCAGUUGUUUGGACCUAAAAUUUGGAACUCUUGCAACUUUUCUAUAGUCUCCCGUUUAGUAAAUAAAUCCUUUUACAUCUUACAAUAUGACUUUUUGUAUCUUGUCCUCCUGACAUACAGCAGAUCUGCUUCCUCUGUUCUGAUUACACUGGCCUGCUUUUUGCUACUUUGUUCUGUUUUGCUUUUCACAUCCAUGUUAUCCCAAAACGGCUCACUUCAAACACUGCGUUUGGAUACAGAUCAAAGAUCCUCAGCUACCACAAUCCACAGCAGGAUAAGCAUUCUUUGCAUAUAUUCCUUAUUUUUAAGCACUCUUAGAAAGCCUUUUGUGUUCAUUCCCUCCUAAUUUUGCAUUGCCAUUGCAAUGAUCCCUGCUUGGCAGAGAACUCUGUAUAGUAGAUGUUCUAUUUUAAUAAAGGUGUGUGUGCAAAUAUAUUUGCCAAGUAACUGUGUUUAUUUAUCUAUCUUAUUCUACCCUGCCCAUCUUUUGUGAAACAACCAGUUUUAAAAUGUUGUUUACUAAACUGUGGCAUUCUAUUCAAAUAUAAUAUGCUUCACUGUUGUAAAUGCUCGUUAUCCGUGGUAAUUUUGUGACUAACAGGGUUAGAAAGGCUGUAAGUGAUAAUUCAAAGUGAAUUUAAAAUUUUAAGGCCAAAGUAGUCCAACUGGAAGCAUAUCUGACUUUUUCCAAUUUUAUUAUUUUUACCUUUUAACUCGAAAUUGACUUUGAAAUUUUCACAUUUGUGAAUAACCCUGUAAGACUCAAAUAACGUACAAAGUAUUAGCCUGAUGACCCAUGCUUUAAUUUUAAAAUGAGUUAAAGUGUUACUAUAUGCUCAAAAACAACUUUAGGUCUUAAGGUUUAUGAAGCAGUUUUGGUGUGUAGAUCAUGCCCCUGUAGUCUCACUACUCAAUUCUCUGCCAUUUAGGAAUUAAAUCAAUUUGUUUAUGCAACCUGGCCACACCUCCCUGCAUGUGACUUACACAGCAUUUCUAAACACUUCCUGUAAAGAAACCUCUAAUGUUUAAACUUUAUUACAUUGUCUGUUUUAAUAGUUUAUUUAAAUCUCUUGCUCUGUGAAUAAAAUUCUAGAGCUUACAGGAGCCUAGUGUGUUUGUUUUACUGUAGACACCCAGACUAUUUUAGCUCAUUGAAGUGGUCUGGGUGUAAUUCCCAUGUCACUUAACCCUACAGUGGUAAGUUUUGCAGUUUCCCUAUCAACUUGCAGGGUUAAGUCCUCCUCUAGUGGCUGUCUUCAAGACUUCCGGGUGCUUAUACCUCCAGCAGAUUUUCCCAUGGUAACAUCCUAAUGCGAAAUGGCCAUUGCCGCGCAUGUGCAUUAGAUCUCCCCCGUCGGCUGACGUUGACAGGGGAGGAGCAUGGUCGGAGCCUGACCCAGUGCCGAGGGACAUCAACACUGGAUUCAGGUAAGGGCUUUAACCCCUUCAGCGCCAUGGCAUGGGGGCCAAGAGGGACGGAGUCACCACAGUGCCAGGGAAACGAAUUUGCUUUCCUGGCACUAGGGAAUCCCUGUAAAAUUUGCAGAGUAGGAGUUUUUAAACAUCUAAAGUAAGUUUACAUCUGAUAUAAAACAUUUUUUUAUUUUAUUUUUGUGCGGACUGUGUCAGUCACAGCCAGGGGAGGUGUGAGACUAGGCCUUUUAUAAACAAAGAAUGGCAGAGAAAUGAGCAGUGAGACUGCAUGGGCAUGAUCUAUACAUAGAAAAUAAAAAUAAAAACUGCUUCAUUAAGCUAAAGUUGUAGUAUCCUUUUGUUAAUCAUUCUUCAGAUGUUCUAAUAUUUCAUAACAAACUAAGCCAAAUGCCUUAAUUGAUCUGACCCAGUGAAAAGGGGGUGUCCCCCUUUUUCCAUUGCGCUGGGAAAGGCAAACCUGUUUUAAAGAACAGCUGACAACUUACCUUGAUAUUUAAUAUUGGGUUUACUUAGCCUCCAUAUUUUAAAAAUAUAUAAGUAUUUAUUUGUGAAUUUUGUUUAAAAAAAAAAAAAUCUCAAUGUAGAAAUCCAUACCUCUAUACACUGUAACUGUGUGUGUGCAUUGCAGCUAGCAGCACAAAAUAAAGCCUUCGGAGUAGAAUAGAAAUGGAAAAUAUUUGUAUUUCUUUCUCAUUUGCCUUGUGUGUCCUGUCUGUGCCUUGGCUGAAUGUAAUUUUGCUAAAUUUUAUAAAAACAAAAACCUGAAUACAAGUUAUAGCCCUAUUUUCAGUGUUGUACUCCAUGUUGUAAAUGACAGAGAAGUGAUGGUUCACCUUUUUUAAUUCCAUUUGAAUUACUCCAUUUGUUACAGUAUAUUAUUAACCUAAAGAGAUAAUCCCAGCAAAUUAUGGUUCUCUAAUCUGUGAACGAACUGCAUAUUCUGAUUAUGGAAUUUGUAAGACAGACUCUAAAGGAAGUAAGUCUGGCACAAUCUAAACAAAUGUAUACUAUCUGUGCACCCAGAGGAAAAAUGUUAUAACCCUGGCAUGGUUGCAUAUAAUCAGGACAAAUCAGAACACACUACUGGGGAGGGGGGAGGAAGCGUUAAAUGACUCCUUGAUUAAACAUGCUCCUGAAGGGCUAAUGUUUUGGCUAGAUAAAAUGCAAGAGCUGCCAAUUAUGUCUGGAAUGUGUAGUAUGUUUAGCAUGCUAUUUAUGGAGUUAAAAUAAUGCAGUAAAACCCUAUUAACUUUUGAAGGUAUGAGUGAAGCUCCAAACUUGCUUCCUAGGACAUACAGUAAAGGGGCACUAUAACUACUGUAGUAUAUUGCGUAUUGGUUUGGUUUUUAAUUUUAUUUUUUGUGAAACCAUUUUUGAGUAGUUUUAACAGAAAUCAGGGCUCUCCUUUACCCCAAUGCUGGGGUUUGCUGCUAUUCCAAAAUUUGUUACUACAAACUUUUUACUCCAUAAAUGACAUACUAAAAAUAUUACAAACUCACACUGGAAGCUCCUAUAUCAAAGCAAUUCUGAAACAUGUUUAAUCGAGGUUAUACCACUCUUUUAGUAGUAUUUGAUUACAUUCAAUCGUACAAUAAUUAUGUUACAACUGGAAGGACUCUUGCACCAGCAUUGCUAAAUUCCGCUGUGGUGGUUAUGGUGCUUACUGUCCCUUUAAGUCUUGUAUAUCCUUUCCUUUAUGGUAACAUGAGCAUGGCAAUGCUCAUAAAAUUGAACUUGGCAUUUUAGUUCCUAUCCAAGAGUUCAUUAUAUGAAAUCAUCAAUCAAGUGUCUUUAUUCCAUUAUAUAAUUUAUAGCUCUAUGUGUGUAUAUUGUAACUAGCCUGCAGGUAUGGAUUUAAAGGGACUCCCUCCCCAGAAUUUUACUUGUAAUAUUAUACUAGGUUGUAAAAAAUGUAGGAGAAUAAUUUUAAAAGUAUUUAUCUAUAUGCUGUGUGAUGGUUAGGGAAUUAACAGUUGGUAAACCUUUUAAUUAGUGUUGAGUUCUUAAAGGACCACUCGUUUUCCUGGCACUAUAGUGUUAAUAGGUCCCUCCUCCCCUGGGCUCUAGGGGGAGAAAGGGGUUAAAGGUUUGCCUUUCUCCAGCGCUGGGCUCCCUCGGUGCUGAGACUCUCCUCCCUCUUCCUCUUCAAUAAGUCCAUAGGAAAGCAUUCUCAAUGCUUUCCUAUGGACGCUGGCGUCUUCUCGCUGUGAAAAUCACAGUGAGAAGUGCGGAAGCGCCUCUAGCGGCUGUCAAUGAGACAGCCACUAGAGGCUGGAUUAACCCUAAUGUAAACAUAGCAGUAUCUCUGAAACUGCUAUGUUUACAGCAGGCAGGGUUAACUCUAGAUGGACCUGGCACCCAGACCACUUCAUUGAGCUGAAGUGGUCUGGGUGUCUAUAGUGGUCCUUUAAAGGUAAUUGUUAUAAAUAUUUACAAACUACGAACUUUUUAUUUUUUUUGUGUGUGUGUGUAUGAUUUGGAAUUUGUAUUUUAAGUUCAUGCAAGGUUUUACGUUCGUGUUUAGACUAACACAAAAUUAUUGCUUUCAUACAUUGGUUACAUCUUCAUUGAGGGAAUGGGAGUGGUCACAUUUCAACUUGCCCAAACCCAAUAACACUUCAUCAUGUCAACGCUGACACUGCCGUGAAAUAGUUUUAUAAGUCUGGGAGUUUCUUAUUCCAGCCAAAGGUGAUGGAGAACAUCUGAUUAAACUUUAAGCAAGCCUACAGUUUGCAAAGGCACAUGUUUGGUUCAGUUUUUCUUAGAAACUGUUCAUUCUUUCCCAUCCUAUAAUUUCCAGUUGUUCAGUGACUAUUAAUUCUAACAUUGUUUCUGUGAUUCCUUUUUUGGUCCGUGACAAAGUCCCCUGGAAUUGGCGUUCCUGAUUCAUGUCUAAGGUUUACAUGUUUCCUUACUAAUGUGCGAAUUCAAAGUGAAAUUUUUUUUUUUUUUUUUUGCCUUUUUUUGAAAUUUGCUUACAAGGUUAUUUACUCAAAUACGUAUUGUGUGUCUUUCUGAGUUAUUAAAUAAAAUAACAAUUGUCAGUAAUGCAAAGGGGAUAUCAAAUUUAAGGCCAAAGUAGCUGAGUUGACUUUAUUUUUUUAUUUUUCUAGUUCAGUGAUUUUGGCCAUGGCGUUUUAGUGAAUAAUCCUGCUUGAUUUGUUGCAGCUAGUUAUUUUACACUUUGUGUAUAUAAUUAUGUUUUAUUUAUCAACUUUUUAUAACUUCUUGUCACGCUGCAGCAAAAAAGGCGUGUGGCUUUUAUGAUGAUGAUGGAACAUAUAUAUAAAUUGUGACUCAAUUCAGCAUCAUGCCUCUUCAGUUACUUAGUGGCACUGUGUUCACCAAUUUCACUUAUUAAACUGUUUAUGGUGCCUGUCAAACCGCUGCCUUACAGUUUUGCAUGAGUGCAGGUUUCCACUCCGCGCUCAUGCUAUCAUGACUCAGUUACAACUCAGUUUGGCAUAGAUGGAAAGUAGCUCCGCCUUCAGUCAGUCCAGGAGGUGAUAGGCUGAGAGGAAUGAUAAGCUAUACAGUCAUUGGGGGCUGGCCUGUGAGCAUUGAGGAAUCUUUCCUGCAUCCCAUUGAAUUGGUGAGAUAAUGGUUUUACAUGUAAGUGGAAGGCAUCACCCACAGACACCAUAACUUCUGUGUGGUGAAAUGGUUAAGAUGUCUAUUGGUUUCAUUUUUAUUUUUUUAUUUUUUUUGAGAUUCCCAACAUAUUCGGACUACCCUUCAGGGCAUCCAUGACGAAGGUCCUGCAGUGUGCAAGCCUGCUGUCAUCAUACUGAAUAAACUGUUGGAUCAAAAUCUGUUGAUAAGCAUUAAAUGAUCCCACUAAACACCAUCACAACUUAAUUGCAAAGAUAAAUGUACAUACAGCAUACUAGGCCUACUAUCCUCUAGAUCUGUUGCUAUAGGACUGCCGUAAUUGUCAGUUCUGGGUUCAGGAUGUCUAUUUUAUUUUGUGAUAUGGUGUGUACAUGCUGCCUGAAGAAAUUGGGCUCUGACUUCCCAUGUACUUCAUACAUUUAAUUAAGGAAAUCCUGGAGGGAGAAUUGGUUACAAAUCUUUAAACUGGAAUUUUUGCCUACAGCAGAGUGACAGUACCUUGUUUUCUCACCCUAAUAAACACUACUGCAUCACCUACUAGGGCUAAUAAAGCAGCGGAGGCAAGUAUAUUAAAAGUUAAAUCUUGCCUACGCUAUACUUUAAUGGUGCUGUCAUCUCAUGAUGCUUUGGGUGCACUCGGCCCUUUAUGGAGAGAUUAUGCAUGAUGAUUUUAUGUAUGCUCGACAUUAUGUCCAGCAGUGCUGGGGUAAACUAAUUUGCAUGCUUUGCCCAGUCUGCCAUAGAUGGAAUGUAAAAUAAGAAAUGUAGUCCAAUUUUAAAAAUGGAAUAAAAAGGAAAUAUUAGCAGAGUCGAUAUUGACAGUUUUUCUAUUAAGUGUUAAUAAGUAUAUAGGGGGUUUAGAAAAAUAUACAUCUGUGUUAUUAGUUUUGUUUGUUUGUUUGUUUGUUUUUUUUUUUUUUUUUUUUAUACCUGAAGGUAGCAAGGUGAAUUGUUAGUGUAAGACCCACCUAAGGUUUGCCUUGAUGUGACAUCUGAUGACCAUUGAAGUGUUACUAAAAACCUCCAUUUGUUUAAAUAUGCAUAGGGAUUUGAGCUAGUGUGCAAGUAAUGCUUUUCUUUGGUUUUUAUUGUAUGUAUUGAGGCUGAUGUGUACUAUGGUCAUUGCUGCCUCCCAGGAGUAGUGGGAGGCUGAGCACAUGACUUAUUUUUGUGUAUUAGCAAGGAAAAUAUGUGACUCACUUCAGAUGUCUUUUUUUUACAUUUUUUUUAUUCUACACUUUUUUUAAAAUGUAUUUAUUUAUUUUUGUCCAAUCCAUAGCAUGCUUUAAAAGAUUUUUGGUUUGGCGAUUUUUGAGGAUUAGUUAACCAUUUGGAAUAAAUACUCCAACGUGCGUUUUUUUUGUAACGGAUUUGGGAGUAUAUAUUGGAUCAUUAGCCAGUUGGAAUGUACACUUUUGACCACAAUUAAGCCUUGUAUCACAGGGCACCUGACUCGUGGAUGGAAUGUCCUGGUAUAUGCUUGAGUUCAUACUUACUCAUGUAUUUGCAAAUACUUUAGGACUAUUGGAAGACUGAAAGAUUCACAGCUACAUUUCCCUAAAGAUGUGAAGAGAUCCCUGGCGUGCAUGUCAACAUUUGUGACAAAGAGAACAGUCAUUGCUUUCGAUGUACAGGACACUAAAGGAAAUGGAGUUGGACAGCUUCAUAAUUCCUCCCAAUGCGUUUGAAAUUUCAGAGAUAAAUUGUCCUUGCAAACUUGCCAUAAAUAUCAACAAUCUGAUAGAUACGGCCAAUAUCUGUGCUGUUCAACUCUGUGGCAGCAGGACCAGGCGUUGGGUGCCAAGAAAGCUUUUAUUUUUUAUUUAUUUUUUUAUUUUUUUUAUCUUCAAAAUCACAGUUGGGAGAGAAAACACCCAAAGAUGCCGUCUACCGUGAAACUGUCGUUGUGAUUAGGGUAUUCCACUAACCUAGAAUUUUAGCAGAAAAGGUCAGUCCCUGGCAGCCUGCAGCACAGCAUUCAGUGACGAAAUUGUGGUAGCAGUCAGUGAUAAGCCGAUUGAUCUCAGCCAAUCACUGCUCCUAUCCUUGAUAUAAAUUGCUAUGAUGGAAGCAUAGCUCCUCCUUCAUCAUAUCAUAACUGGAGGACACACUGCAGGCUGCCAGGGACCAAGCAUCUCUGUUGAGUAAACGGUUUACAGAACCCAAUACCACACACUAUAGGAACCAUAACUAUUUCAAUCCAUCAAAGUGGCUGGUUGCCUGCAGUGUUCCUUUAAGAGCAUACGUUCCCUCUCUAGAGUAACCAAAGCCUGCAACUAUAAGCCUGCAGCGAGCAAUGCAAAUACUGAAGGUAAAGCCCUGCAUUUAAUGGGUGGAUCUUGAAUCAUAUGUCUGCCUUUAUGAACACAUCUGGAGUGGGCCAUGUUAGGGAUAGGAGACUAUUCUUUCUGCUUUUCCAUCCGGAUUAUUUGAAUGUAGAUAUAUUAAAUGAUAUGGCCCUCAAGGCACAUUCUUUUACUCUGCUUUCUCACAUUGCUUUAGUUAUCAGAUAUGAAGAAUCCCUCACACACGCACAUCACAUGUUUUAGUUGUUUUAACUGACCCUUGACGCACCAUUGAAACAAAAGGCAAUUCAUUAAUGAUGUACAAAAACGUAUGUUAUUAGAUUUCAGUCUGCGUUAUUAAGUAAAAUCAUUUAUAUAGCACUACCUAUUCCACAGCACUGUACAGUGCAACUAUAAAAAUACAUAUCCUCACCCUACCUAUCAUGUAUAGUACAGUCCAUUUAUCACUGGAGACCUGUAGAUCAUUGUGACUUAGAUUAGCUAUAGGGCUGUAAUAAACCGUGUCAGUCAGAAUAAAGAGACUGUCCUUUUAAAGCAGCACGCCAGUCAGCGUUUGACGUGUACAAGGAAGAUAAUUAUGCAAUAGCAUAGUUUCAAAGAUGAGGAAGUUGAAAGGCCACAGUGGUUUGGCGGCCCAGCGCCAGUCUGCCAACCAAGUCUGCCCAAUGGAUGUUAUAGAAACACUGUUGCAUAUUGUCCUCAUGUAGCUGAUGACCAGCUUUAUGGGGAAAUGCCUGGGAUAGGAAGAGCGUGGUCACAAAUCACUUCUGCCUUGUUGGAUUUGGGAAUGUUGGGAGAUAUGCAGUAGUUCCAAAUUUUUAUAUGACAGGAUCUAUCACUACAGCGUGGUUGAGCUGUACGGUCAUAACAGCAGUGCACAAAAAAGCACUGAUCAGAAUUGAAUUGUGCCGAUCAUGUGUUGUGUAUGUCAUGUCAAGAUUCCAAAGUCUGAACCAAGUUUUAUCAUUGACGCACAAUAAUAUUUGGUGAUUACUGUAAUUUUGAUUAAUAUGCUUAAAGUGUAAAUAUGAGAUCUGCUAUUUAUCUAAGAACUGACAUGUGUUACUCGCUGGAUGGUCUUGUCAGAGAGAUUCUUGCUUUCUCAUAUCACGCUAUCCGAUAUAACGUGUCCACACACAUGCAUAUCACAUGUCUUUGUAAAAGAAAAAGCAUUCCUUUAACAAACAACUUUGAUUGUAUGUAUUUACAAUUUUCAUUAUUGGUGGCUUCAAAUAAGGAGGGGAAGGGCUCCUGGCAUGUUAAACCCACUGAGUACCAUAGUAUAAUAAGGUAAACCACUGUUUCUCAUCUGUCUAGCGCUGAACAGGUAAAACAUUGCGAAACAGUAAUUACUGCUGGCAUGCUUUAAUUAAGCUACUCGCUUAUUAUCGGUUUGUGAUUAUACUGUAACUAUUGCUGCAAUAUUAGUUUUAUUUUAGUUAUUUUUGAGGAAAGUACUUUUAGGUAGAACUGUACAUGCAACAGGUAUUCAUGGGUCGGGAAAUGUUUCCUUAAAAACCGCGAGUUGCACAGAUUUGACAAGGGAUAAUGCCAAAAUAGUCCAUCUGGAAAAUGACUGUUUAAAUUGAGGUUAGCUGUUUGAUUUGUGAGAAUUUGGCGAGCAAAUGAUACAAUUUAAAAUUUAUUUUAUUGGGUAGAAUACAUCUGAGUUGAAACUGAUAAAGGAACUUUGAUGCAUUCAAAAUUUUAUAGUGCUUCUAUAAAUAUCUUUAUAUUUUACUUUUGUCAUAUUUGCUCCUUAAUUAGAAACGGUCACAUUUUAAAGAUGGCUUUGUUAUUUAUUUUUUUUAUUUUAAAAGUGCAAUAGCUAUUUCUUAAGGAAUCAAACGGUUUGGCUACACUGGGCAAGUGAUCCUUAUGACCCACUAAAGCUAUGAAUCGGCCAGUGAAUUAGGUGAACAUUUGCACAAAACUUCAAAAUAGGAACUUUUGCUUUAGUGAUAUUUUAUAAAAAUAAAAAAAAGACCACAAGCAUCAGGUGGCUCAGGUAAGAGUCAAACUGUUCACAAAUCUUUUGACAGUAAGAGGUACCUGGGACUCAUGGCAGCCUAAUAACUGCAGUAGUGUUUAUAGUGCCUAAAGAGCCCUUUAAACAAAACCUUUCGAGGGGGAAAAAACACUUUGAAUUCUCAAUUCAGUAAAUAAUCCUGCAAAGUGAAUUUAACAUUUGAAGGUCAAAAUAGCCAAACUGGAAAACAUCUGUAAGUGAGCUAUACUUCCGGUUUGGUUACUCUGGUGUUAAAUUUUAAAUUGACUUUGAAUUCUCGCUUUAGUGGAAAAACCCUAUUAGUGUUGAACCCUCACCACCCAUUGUUUAUCAAUUGCAAAACGGUAAUGUGCAGUGGUUAUGGUGCUUAGUGUCGUCACGUUAGUAUAGGUUUAAUUUAAAAAAACAACAAUUUUUUAAGGAAUAAAAAAAGUCACAAAUCGUUUUAGUUCACAAAACUAGUAGCUGGAUUCUAAGUUUCCAUGUAAUGUUCUAAUAAUUCACUCUCUAGAACUGCAGUGAAUAAAGGAUGCAGGAGAUGUCUGCUUUAAUUUAUUUGUUCUCCUACUGGCCUGCGGCUCAAAUUGCAUAUCUCCUUGACUGACGUUUUGAUUAUUACUUUAAUAACAUUUUAAACUUGACUAGGGGGCUUGAAGCCAUUGCUGGGCUGGGCUCAGGAAAAUCUGGAUCUAUUUCCUGUGAAAAUUCUUCAGAUUCUAAAAUGUGUCAUGGAUUUGGUCUCUCACCGCAAAUACUUUGAUUCCAGAACAGCUCAGGAGAGUUUUGACAUCUUUUUCUCGGAUCUGACCGGGAACUGUAAUAUGAAAAAAUAUCUAGCAAAGAAAUAAUCAGUGAGGGCAAGAAUUUAACUUGAUCGUGUUAUCUUAUUCUAGAACCAGAUUUGUUUCACUUUGCCUUCUGUACUGCAUUCUGCAUAGCAAAGUAUGAAAAUAAAUACAUGCAACAGAACAUAUAGGCACCCCUACUCUGAGGUCAAAUUCCACUUCUCUCAGGACAAUUUGGUCAGCCACUACUCCAGUGGAACUGCAACACUGAUGAUACUUUGCCAAUAUUUCAGAAACCCCUUUCUCCUUUUAAAUUGUAUUUCACAUUUGAUAUUGUAAUCCUCAGAUGUUUAAUAUUUUAGUAUAUACCAUUUCCUGCCUAUUGUUUUAAUGGGUAUAUCAUGCAAGGUGGCACAUCAUGCAAUACAAAGUAACAAAAUGGGGCCGUGUGACAAUACAUGGUGCGUUGCAGGUUUCUGUGCCUCUCUGUAUUAUGUAUAUAUAUAUAUGUGAGCUAUACAUAUAACGCCCAUGAAUUCAUUCUUGCUACUAAUUCUUAGUGAGGACCACUCCUGAUUGCUUCCCAAGCAUUUUAAUCCCACAAUGCUAUGCUGUUAUCCUGUUCAUUUUUACACCGAAUAGUGUAUGUAUAUUUUUUGCUCUUCUUGUUGAAUUUUGGCAUCUUUUUCUCAUCCCAUUGUUGACCUAGGUCAAGAAUAGAAACUUCCCAGCUGGGAUAACAGUUCCUUCAUUCCUAAAGUCAUUCCCAUAACCUCCCGUAAUACCCGCCGCCCUUGUCUGGUUUGUCCAAGAGCAAUUGUUUUUGUGUUCAAUAUAUUUUUCUUUAACUUAACGUCAGACUUGUAUACUGCAUUAAUCACUCUUUGUGUAAUAAAAUGUUUGUAAAAAUUAACUCAUUCUGCAUGAAGAUCUUAAAAGCAAGACCUGAAUUAUAGACCUAUACUAACUUGAAGGUAAAAAGACAAAUUAUUUUGAUGAUUGGCUGGUAGUUGAGCUUUGAACAUCGAGAUACACGGGAAUGUUUAUGGACCUGAAGCUCUACCCAUAGUCUCCCAUAGUUCUUGUAGACCGCACUGAUUGGCGGAGGAUCCUGGGAGAACCCGCUUUUAUCCUAUUCUUGCAUGGAUUUGUACUAAUAAUGCAGAAAUGUUAGUUCAACAUUAGCAAUGCAGCUCUAAAGGGGACUGGAUAAACAUGGGUGCUGGAGAAAGCCCUUUGUGUUUUUGUUUUUUUUUUCAUUUUAUUUUUUUAUAAUCAUUCCAAAGUGAUUUUACAGAACACCGGGCAACAGGACCCAGAGUCAGUUAAUCACCCUCCAUGGUAAAUAAAGGGUUAAAAGCCUUUUACGUACCUUUUCCCAGCACCAAUGUCCCUCAGCACUGGGUCACUGCUCUGUCCGACGAGCGUGGUCUAACACGCAUGCGUAGCAAAUGCCGUGGGCGCAUUAGACCUCCCCAUAAGAAAGCAACUGAAUCAAUGCUUUCCUACAGGGAAAUAAAAAUCUGACGCUGGAGCUCCUCCUGUGGAGUGGGAGGAUGUCCAGCAUCUCAUACCGGACCAGGUCCGUUUGGAUGCAGGAAGUGACUCCAGUUACUGUCUGGGAGACCGUAACUGGAGGCAGACUUAGUGCUGCAAUGUAAACAAUACAGCUUCUAUGAAACUGCAAAAGGGACACUGUACCGAGACCACUUCAAUGAGCUGGUCUAGGUGCCUUCAGUGUCCCUUUAAGUGAAAUACAUGCCCACCUAAAACAUGGUGCCGGAUCCCCACUGGUGGGCAAAAAUAGCCGCUCAUGCCCUCGGACACAAUAGGUUUACCUAUUGAUGGCCAACACAAUGUCCAUCUCCCGAAUAGCUCUAAGUGGCCUGCAUAAGCACUGGCUGUCCUUCGGGUUGAAAAUUAGAAACCCCACAGAAACUCCAAAAAUAUAUCUGGGGUAUAUGUGGCAACUCCACUUAGAGGUGGUGACUAUAGUAUUGUUUUUUACUGUUGCUGCUUCAUCUCAUUUGGUGGGAACUCCAAUCAAAAUAUUCAGAUGGGAGGGCCUAAUGUACUCUCCCUGGCCCCUAGAAAAUGGCAGUGGGUGGGGGCCCUAAUAAUAUUCUGGGGAAAAGCAUGAUCCCACACUCUCUUAAAUAAUAAUUUAUUUAUUUAUUUUUUUAAAUCCAGAUCGCAAAACCCCCCAGCCCCCGCCCCCCCAACAAAAUCCAUUUUCAUCCUGCAAGGGCUUGCUGCAGACUGAGCUGUCAUAUGUCUAAAGAUUAUGAAGGCUUUCAUAUGCCAUGUUAGCUAUACCAUCGCAUUGAAAAAUUUCCCAUACUACGGAAUAUCAAUAAGGCACUAUAACCAAUGCAAUGAGAUUAAAGGGUUAUCAUGCCAACAGUGUCCCUUUUAGGAUUGAAGAACAAACACACAGUGUUCCAGAGAGAUGGUGGGGAGCUGUUGUCACUGCUAGACCUUGGCUUCACACCUGUGAUUCUAUUGUAGUAGACACUAUAAAUAAACUGUUCACUAUAUGGAAUGUCAUUGUUGGUGAAAUGAAGUCUGUGAAUACAUUUUGCCUCUACCACUCUAGUGUAUUCAGUGUUUUCCUGUUUGGGUGUCAAGAACUGGACUGUAAGCUCCUCCAACUCUGUGUGUGUUUAGUAGGCAGUGUGAAUUUAGAGACAGCCAGCCCCUUUCCUUAACCCCUCAAAGAACAACAAAUAAUUUGGUCAUAGCAAGUUAGCAUUUUAAAGAUCCUAUAUACAAAUCAAAUGUUUAAUGCAUUUAAUAACAAGACUGCAUAGAUCUGCAAAUGCUUAAAGAGACACUAUAGUCACAAGAACAACUACAGCUUAAUGUACUUGUUCUGGUGAGUAUAAUCAUUGUAUGCAGGCAUUUUCAUGCAAACACUGUUUUCAGAGAAAAGGCAGUGUUUACAUUUGGCCCUAGGGACACUUCCAAGUGGUCACUCCUCAGAUGGCCACUGGAGGUGCUUCCGGGCUCAGUGACGCACAGUAAGCGGCUCUGCCGUUCAGCGUCUCCACGCUCUGCAUGCGGACGCUGAAUUUUCAAUGCAUCCCUAUGAGGAGGUGCUGAUUUGGCCAAAACGGCCAAUGGGAAAGCAGUGGAUUGGCUAAAAAUUGCAUGAUUUUGCUGUUACAUGACGAAAAGUCAUGAUUUUAUUAAAGACACGGGGGCGAGUAUUGCAUAUCCCUUUCUUUACUGUUCACCAAUAGCAGCAUACAAACAGAAUGAAAAAACAAUGAACAUACAGUAGCAUAGGCCCCUCCCUGCACAGGUCACAGUAUAAUAGGCAGCACCUCAGAUGGUGUAGCUCCUCUGGGUCGAAGAGAGGUUCGCCCAACGAAUCCAAGAGGGCGGAACCCGCAGUUGCGGGGUGAGGUGCCCCCGUGUCACCUCCGGACGUCUCUGCCUGCGCAGAGGGAAGGAGAUCAAGGCCCAGCUCAGCGGAAUCAACAUCGUAGUCGUCAUCCGACUCCAUCAUAGCCUCCUCACCAGACCCAAUUUCUGAGUCGGAGUCACUCUCGGGUUGUGCUCUGGCACAUUUCCAUAGCUGCACCCGUUCUGCCUGGCGCGGAAAGGCUCUUUUGCGUGUGUGGAGCACGCUUUCUGGGGCGACUGAAGGUAUGCCAGUCUUAGUAGUUCUGGAGGCAGAGGGAUGUUUAGUUUUUUGGGUCGCCUUCUUGGGUGCGUCCCCAGGCGGGUCCACAGCAGGACGCUAGAUAGGCGUCGUGGAACCAGACAUUUGCGCGUCCAAAGGACGUGGCAGAAGGUGCUGGGAGAUAGUAUGGGAGAGGGUAGAGGACAUGGAUCCCAUGGCUGCCAUAAUGGCAUCUGUCACAGAGCGCUGUAGCGCCGGGAAUUGGUACCCUGCAGGGUGGAUGGGCCUGUCUGUCAGAGUGGGUGGUAUGUCUGUGGUGACAGGGGCCUCUCCCAUGAAUAGUGGAGUAUCUAUCUCCCCAGAGGGUGGGGAGCUGGACGGCAUCCUGGGUUUGGGCAUAAUGAAAGAUGCACAAUAAAGAGGGAAAUGGAAGGGAAGUGCUGCCUAUUAUACUGGGACCUGUGCAGGGAGGGGCCAAUGCUACUGUAUGUUCAUUGUUUAUUUUUCAUUCUGUUUUUGUAUCUGUUGCUGCUAUUGGUGGACAGGGAUAUGCAAUAUGAGCCUCCUUUUUUUUGUGUGAUAAAAUCGGCAAUUCUGAUGUCACUGAGAGGGCGGGGCCAGCGCCGGGGGACCCGCGCGGUGCUGGAAAUUUGGUGAGUUUUAGUUCCUUUUAAGGGGGCUAAAGAGGGGCAAGCCACCCAAAUGGUGGGUUUUGCACUAUAGGGUCAGGAAUACAUGUUCCUUUAAUAAACUCAAUAUUCCAUAUUGCCUUAGGGUAAUCAGGGAUCAGAGUGUAGAUUGGCUAGUAGGGAUUGACCAAUUAUCGCUCUGGCCGAUAUUUGGUAUUUUUGGCAAUAUCAGUAUCUGUCAAUAAAGAUACAGAUUUUGCUAAUAAUACAGACCAGGACCGCCUAGCUCAUGACAAGCACGGCGGUCCUGAGGGGCCAAGCAAGCGCUUACUUACCUUCCUAGCAGCUCCCUUCAGCUCCCCUGUGUAAAUCUCGAGAGUCCCGCACACAGGCCGCAAAAUUUACACAGGGGAGCUGCUGGGAAGGUAAGCGCUUGCUUGGCCCCUUUCUCCACAGUCCAUUAAAAAAUUAAAAUAAAGGUCCCCCUUCCUCCUCCCAUUUUACACAAAUUGCAUACCUACAGAAACACACACACUCUGCAUUAUAUACACAAACUACACAAACACACUGCAUUCCUAUACACACUGCAUUAUAUACACAAACACUCUGCAUUACACACUACACACACACACCCUGCAUUAUAUACACACACUACAUAAACACUCUGCAUUCAUAUACACACACACACUACACAAACACUCUGCAUUCAAAUACACACACACUACACAAACACUCUGCAUUCAAAUACACACACACUACACAAACACUCUGCAUUCAAAUACACACACACACUACACAAACACUCUGCAUUCAAAUACACACACUACACAAACACUCUGCAUUCAAAUACACACACUACACAAACACUCUGCAUUCAUAUACACACACACUACACAAACACUCUGCAUUCAUAUACACACACUACACAAACACUCUGCAUUCAUAUACACACUACACAAACCCUCUGCAUUCACUAUACACACACUACCCACGCACUGCAUUCACUUUAUGCACACUACACAAACACACUCCGCAUUCAUUAUAUACACACGACACACACACACUGCAUCCACUACACACACACACACACACACACACACACACACACACACACACACACAGCUCCCCUGUCUAAACACACUGCAUCCACUACAUGUGGCAUGUAUAUGUUGUGCAUUUACCUUUAGAAAUAGUUUGUUUCAAAAUGGUAAAUGUACAGAAUAUUUGUAAGUUAUUGGCUAUUGGCCUGAAAGUUCACAGAUUAUUAGUAUUUGUAUCGGCUCUAAAAAAAAAAAAUCAAUAUCGGUCGAUCCCUACUGGCUAGGUAUAGUAAUGAAGUGGCUGCAGUCACUCUGUUCAGACACUGACAAAUCAAAAAAGACUGCAGGGGGAGAAAUGACAAACCUUAGCCACACUCUGUUACUUACCCACGAUACACUUCUGUGUGUGAGUAAAGUUUACUUUACAGCGCAGGAGAUUACAAACUUCUAAAGCAAGUUAAUGUCUGAUUGAAAACUUAAACUAUUUUUUUUUCCACGCAGGCUGUGUGAGUCACAGCCAAUGGCUAUGUCUGUAUAAACAGAAGCAAAAGUGAUUCAAUUCCUAAAUGGCAAUGAAUUUAGCAGUGAAGACUGCAGGGGCAUAAUCUAUAUACCAACAUUUCUUCAUUGAGCUAAAGUUGUUUUGGUGCCUAGUGUCCCCUUUAGAGGUUAAGUUGAAUGUACUCUGAGAAAUGCAAACUGGUUUGAGAGCCAGCUAUAGAUAGUUGGUUUUAUGGAGUGUCAAAUAUCUAAUACAGUGCCUUCAGGAGGAACGCAGUGUGCCUGACCAUAGAAUAUUUAACCUCAAGGUUGCUGGAACAUUUUAUCACUUGGCAGCCAGAUGUUUAUGGAUGAAGAAGCACAGUUUCCUGUGAUCAGUACUGACUGCAGUAGAUUUUUGGCUGUAUUUAUUUAUGUAUUAUGCACAGCUGCCAUAAAAUCAGAGCUGUAGCUUUUCUGUUGCUAGGGAACAACUCCCAUUUUAUUUCAGCCUGUAUAUUCCAAUUAAUUUUCCAUUGGUUCAUUUGGGUUUACACUAGUUAAAUAAUAGAAUGUGUGGGUACCUGCCAAAGAAUGGAAUCAAACCACAUUGGCAAGAAAUAAAGAAAAGCAAACGUGAAAUAUAUUUAUUUUUCUCCAGCUAUGACUUUAAAAAAUUGGAGCUGUUUUAUUCAACAUGGGGUACCCUUCUAUUUACAUUGGUCACCACAAUAAAUAGAUCUUAAAUUAACCAAUUUUCAGGCCACUCCCAUUAUUGCUUGUUAGGCAUUUGGCAUGUCAUAUUUUUAUGACUGAUUGAGACUGUAAGUCAUAUAGUGCACCUAGUAGUGCACAUCUUACUGUUGUGUCCUUAAUAGAUAAAAUAUUUAACCUUGCUCUGUAGUUUCAUAGUUCUUAAACGUCCUUCUAAAAAAAUAAGUGUGUGUGUGUGUGUGUGUGUGUGUGUGUGUGUGUUUUUAUUUAUUUAAUUUUUAUUUAAUUUUUUUAAUGUUACUUCUCCAGUGGCAGAAUAUAUGUGUGAUUUGGAACUGUUGCUGAAACACACAUUUGUUUUUAAAAAGCGCAAAAUGUAACAGACUAACAAGUAGGGAUCGACCCAUCAUCGGUCUUGCCGAUAUUCGGUAUUUUUUGGCAAUAUCGGUAUUGGCAAAUAGAUACCGAUAUUGCCGAUAAUACAUACCAGGUCUGCCGCACAUUCUGCAUUCAUUAUAUAAGCGCACACUCUGCAUUCGUUAUAUACGCGCACACUCUGCAUUCGUUAUAUACGCGCACACUCUGCAUUCGUUAUAUACGCGCACACUCUGCAUUCGUUAUAUACGCGCACACUCUGCAUUUGUUAUAUACGCGCACACUCUGCAUUCGUUAUAUACGCGCACACUCUGCAUUCAUUAUAUACGCGCACACUCUGCAUUCAUUAUAUACGCGCACACUCUGCAUUCAUUAUAUACGCACACACGCGCACACUCUGCAUUCAUUAUAUACACACACUACACUAACACACACACUCUGCAUUCCCUUUACGCACACUACAUAAAGAUUCACAGAUCCCCUGUCUAAACACAGUGCAUCCACUACAUGUGGCAUGUAUAUUUUGUGCAUUUACUUUUAGAAAUAGUUUACUUUUUUUCAAAAUGGUAAAUGUACAGAAUAUCGGUAAGUUAUCGGCCUGAAAGUUCAGAGUAUCGGUAUCAGCUCUAAAUAAAUCAAUAUCGGUUGAUCCCUACUAACAAGCAGCGCUACUGUACAAGUAAAUCGGGCCUACUUAGAUCACAGACCAUAUACAGUAAACCUACAGUGUGUAUGUAUAAUAACCACACAAAUAAAACUAUAAACAUGUCAUAUUAUCCUUGCUUGGUUCUAAAUAAUGGGGUGUUCUAAACACCAUAACCACUGUGGCUCAAAGUUCUUGAGUGCAAUCUGACGUAAAUCUGUCGGACUGUACAAAUGACUGGAGACUUGACUUGCUGUGUCGAGGCCCCCGGUCGGUCUGGUUUGACUUGGUUAGAUAAAGCAGAAAUUUAUACUUCCACAUUAUCCUACAAAGUUUACAGUGUUCAUUGUUGGAGAGCUGACACUCUAUGCCAGUAAAUAAAGACAAGUCAUUGUAAUGAUUAUGGUUCUAUUUGCUGUUUCCCAAUUGUGGUCAGGGCUGCCAUCUAAAAUUCCAAGCGGUGUUUUAAAUAAACAAAAAAAGUAAAUAUUUUUCAAAAAAGUAAAAGGUCCUGUUGCUUAUUAGCUGCUUUACUUGCAUUUAAAUAGCGAUUUUGUACAAAUGCUGUAUUUGUAGGCAUAAUGCUCUUGACCUUGAUUGACAUUGAAGGAUGCUGCCUCCAAACAUGAAAGAAAAGAAUGCUUUAUGAGUAGGCUAGCUCAAGCCUACUCGUAAAUUUGCCAUAGGCACAAUGUAUGCAUAGUGCAUUCUAGCAUAGACAGAGACUUUGCCUUCCAAAUUUCAGUUGUGUAGCACAGCAGGACUUCAAGCAACUCCUAUGCUAAGAGUAGAGUUUAAUAUUUGUUUUCUAGCCUUUCUACUUGGAAGAUUACCGUAGAUUGAGUUUAUAUAGCCAGGCUGGGUUUUUAAAGCGACACGGUCACACACCCAGUCCCCUGAAAAACAAGUAUUUCGUAAAGAUAAACUCUUUUUGAGAAGUACUCCUUGGCUAUGUUGGAAUUUCAUUUAAUUUCAACCCAGUCAAGAGAUAUACAGACAAAUUUGGGACUACUUUCUCUCUGUUUACUACACCUGACACCUUUUUAGAUACUGGCUGUCUAGAACUGUCUCCCCCCUCCCCUACCACGCAUGGGUACAUGUUCAGGUAAGGAGAACUCACAUUUGCCUCCACCGGACCACUAGUGGCGAUAUCUCCGUCAGGCGUCUUUGCUAAUUCUGCAAAGUCCCCAGACGACAAUGCCACUUUAAAGCUUUCGUAGAUUUUGAAUGUUUUGUAAAGUGAACGUGUUCCUGUAGAUGUUAUGAUGUAAUAGUAUGUCCUGCAGAUUUCAUUUCCUUUCUAAAUUGAUCUUCUAUGAACACAAAUUUUAGCACACCGCACAAUGAGUGCAGUUUUAUAACUAGCUGUUUUCCAUCUCUUGAAAUUGAUACAUUUUUUGGAAGGAAUCUCUCCGAUUACAACAGUAGUUUUGUUUUUGUUUUUUGCACCAUCAACAUGGCAAUGAGUUGUUAGUCAUGUUUAGAGUUCUGGUUCCAGAAACCUCAUGGUGCCAUGCAAUGGUAAGGAAUAAAACCAUUUUUGAAUGGUGUGACACUUUUUGGUCCUUGGGCAAACCAACAGUUCAGCCUCCUCUUUAGGUACAACUAACGCAAAAGUCCCUAAUUCUGCAUUAGUAGCAUCCAUUCUGCUUGUCCUUAGACAGAAUUAAUUCGUGGAGAGUGACAGCUGAUAUUCUUAACCAAUGAAGUCCAUCCAAACCAGGAUGAAAUUGAUAUUUCUACUAUGGAAGGGAAACUUUUAUUUAAUCCUUAGAUAAAGGGCACCACUGUGGGCAUCAAGGGGGUAGAUGGUUUGAAAACUGCUUUACACCUUAAUGUGAGACAACACUAGGGACUCCUGGCACCAUAACUACUAGUAUGGUGUAAUUACUGUGUUGCUUAGCCUGCUCUUUUUUAAUGUGGUUACGGCUUUUAAGAAUAUUGUGUUGACUCUGUAUUGCUUUGGCUCGGUAUUCAGAGUUUAAACAAAUGUCAGAGAUUCUGGAUAUCUGGAUCUUUAUUCUGGAUAUCAUCACACUGUUAAUUGGAUUCACGUGGUGUCUAGGUACCAAACCGUGCAGAGAGCGGAACUCAAAUCAUGUGAAUUAAUCCAUCCAUGGUUAAAUGCUCUAAUAUGAAAAUGAGAACGUUUUUAUUUAUCAACUUCUAGUGUUAGGUAUACAUGUUUGUAUUCCUAAUGUAUGAGUAUUAUACAAAAUAUCUGUCUAUCUAUAUCGGUUCCCCCCUCCCCCUUAAUUGAGCAAAAUAAAGCUUUUUACUUGCAGCUAUUCCUCCACUUCCACAGGGAGAAUUGGAGAGAAAGCGUGCAACAAUUGCCCUGUUGCACCUCCUCAUAGAAACGCAUUUACUCAAUAUAUCUCUGUGGGGAGUGUUCCACAUCUCCAUGCAAACUGUGGAGCUGCUAAAAUUGGCCCUGAAAUCUUUGAAGUUCUGCAUCCAGGAAACCCCAGUGACAGCCUGUAGAGGUGUCAUUAGGCAGCCAUCUAAAUGCUGCCUUUUCUCAGAGAACUCUGUUUGCAUUGCUGAAACUGUAGUGAUAGUCUCUUUAACACAGAACCACUACAUUAAGCUGCAGUGCGUCUGGUGCCUACAGUGUCCCUUUAAGUAGAUAACAUGUGGAUAACGUUUUGUUACAUUAUACAGAUGACACUCGGUGACAAAAGCCCAAGGUUUAGCAUUCUGUAUAGACGCAAAUCCCUUUGUCUUUACAAAUAAGCUCUCUAUUUAGACCAUUAUAGACCGUAUUUUCUCACAAUAUGUCUGUAGACCUACUGAAUAGGAUAUUCACCGAAGUGAGACUCAUUUACAUGUUUUGUUAGAAUGAUUACUUUUCAUGCAACUCUAGCCAGUUGAUAUACAAUAACCCAGCAUGAUUUAACUCAUGACAAUGUUUUUAAAAAUGCUCCAGCUAUUUUUAAAUACUAGUAUUAGAAAAAGGGUCCAUCUGAUUUUAACAUCUCCACAUUAGGCUGUAUAGUAUUGGUGUGGAUGUGCCAGGGAUGCAAUGCGUUAUUAGUAACGUAUGGUGGCAAUGGUUUAUAUCCGUCUAAUGCCAGGCAGCCUGUACGUGGAAUGCUGCCAAAAAUGUCCUUCACUAACCUGGCACAGCAAAAUUACAUUGAUCAUUAUACACUUUGAAGUUUUGGAUGGAUUUUGCACAACUUCUCAGGAUACCAGAGAAAAAAGUUCUGGAAUGGCAGAAAUGCCUUCUAGAUCAGUUGGCAGGUGUGAAGGCACCAUAACCACUAAAUAGUUCCAUGAAUGCCCCCUGAAAGUACACGUAUGAGAUUUACAACCUACAAUAAAUAUAAAGUAUUACAGCCACAUUCUUCGGCUCAUACUAAAUUUUCCCCAACAUUGCAACCAGUGAACCUUUUACGAAGUAACAUUCCCUCUUAUGUUAAAGUAGACUUGUGACAUAUUGGACAACUCCUUUUAUGAAACACAAACAUGAGGGGGCAUAAGGGGCUUUAAAAAGAAAUUAAUAAAACUGACUUUCGUUGUCUCUGCUCCACACCUAGAUAGUUACCCCUACCCUUUUCUUUAUAAAUAACUCAGUUUGUUACCGUCACAUUUGCAGAUUUUUUUAUUGUCACGCUGCGUAGUGUUUUCUUGUACAGUUUUGCUUUUUUAUUUUAUUUAUUUUUUUAACUAUUUUGAGAAAAAAGCAUAGCAACAGCUUGCUAACAAUCAUAGAAUUCACAAAAUAGGUUCCUUAAUUUUGUAAUCCUUUUGGAGUAGUGCAGUAUUAAAGGGACAAUCCAAGCCGAUAGCAGCUUAUCCUCUUUGGUCUUUCUAGGAAACUUGGAGGUUUUUUCCACUUUGUCUGUCUUGGCCUAAAAUUUGAUUAUUUUUUGGGGGGGAUUUUUUUUUAUGGCGUCUAUGAACUGCAAUGAUCUGUUUAAUAUUGGUCUAACUGCAAACCCCUUUUUAAUCAAAUAUGUCACAAGGUGAACUAUUUCUCCUAACUGGUUAUGCACAUGAACACUUCAUACACAUUGUCACCAUCUCCAACUGGCUCCUUCACUAGCUCUAUUACAGAUAAAAGUUAUCUGUGAUGUGCCUAUAGCUCCAUUCAUGAGAUAAGUAUGACUUGAGCUAUUGGUAAGCUGAUCAGGCAGCAGCUACUUCUGUCUGUUUGGGCUGCAUUUGUCAUGAAUGAGACUCUUGGCAGUGUUGAACUACGCAUUAUCUAAUCCUCUUAUGGGCGCUCUUAACUGGUCAGUGGCAGCUUGGCUCAAACCUUCCUCAUACUGCGAAGAGGAAGUGAGCAUGGAGGCAGGAGUGCUGGGCAUUGGUGCCCCAACUUCAUUGUUAACCCAUUGCAAGACUAUUUAACCUCUGAAGUUAAAUUACACCUCCUAUGCCCACAACAAUUUAUAGGAACACUCCCACCCCCAGAUCUACAUAAGCGUGUUUUACUGCUAAAUAUUUGAUGUUCUUUUAGAAUCAAUUUUUACAUUAUUGGAAAAUGUUUAUAAAGGUGAUUACAAUGUUUUUGUGAGUCAACUGUAUUAUUUACGGAGAAGUGAUGGUUCAACCUUGAUUGUGCAUAUAUAUUUGAUUCUGCAGGAUUCAAACUUGAUUCUGAAUAUUCUCUUGGGUUUGAUAUAGAGUGGUCAAACUAUACCCUCACAAAUACAAUAAAAAUAAUGCACAUAAUUUCAUUCAGUAAAAGUAAAUUUGUUCAGAUCUCUCUCUCCUAUCUUCUUGUUUUUUUUUGUUUUUUUUUGUUUUUUUAGGGUUUUGUCGUGUUUCAUCCAAAUUGCUAAACUGCAAGCCCUUUUCUAAUUUAAGCGCUCUGCAGGCUGUCUCUUUAAGAUCUGCACUAAAGAUCAGAUUUUUCCUGCUGAUGUCUCUCUUGUAAUUACUAGUAUGUCUGGAAUGUAGCAUAUCAAAACAGAGCAGGAACUCUGGAUGGGGUCUUUGAGCUUCUAGUGUACAUAGCCAGUGUCUGCUUGUGUAUCUCACUAAUAUGGUAACUAACACUUUCCUAGUACCAUGAUUUGCUGUUAAGUGUCUUGUGUUGUAGUUGUGUGUUUUUUUUUUUGUUUUGGUUUUUUUAUUUAAUUUUUUAUAAUAUAUAAACUUUUUUACUAUGAGUGAAUUUGAAUUAAUUUCUCCCUCUUUGGUCUAUCCUAUAUUAGGAUGAAGACAAACGCAUGCUCGCUUUGGGAGGCCACGUGGGGUUCGACAGCCUUCCAGAUCAGCUUGUUAGUAAAUCUGUCACCCAGGGGUUCUGCUUCAACAUCCUGUGCGUGGGUAAGUUGCUUUUCGGUCUGAUGUAUUUAGUAAGAAUUGAGAAUUUGUUUCUGCAUUUAUGGAAGGGUUAAUUUAUAUCCUAGUCAUAAAACCUAUUUAUGUUCCACCUAUUAUUGUAUUAUUGUUGUAGAAACAGAGCGAAUAUAUUAGGGAUCGACCGAUAUUGUUUUGUUUUUAUUAUUUUAGAGCCGAUACCGAUAAUCUGGAAACUUUUAGGCAGAUAGCCGAUAGUUUACCGAUAUUCUGUACAUUAACCAUUUUGAAAAAAAGAAAAUUUCUACACAAAUCUACUGUUAACUGAACAUGAUUAUUAAAAAAAACUUUUUACUGCAAAUCUUUUUCUUUUUUUUUGUGGUAAAUGCACAACAUAUACCUGCCAGUCAGAUUUUGUUUUAUGUUUUCAAGAAUAUUUGUGUUUGUGUGUAGUGAAUGCAGUGACUAUUUGAAUAGUAAAUGCAGUGUGUGUGUUACCUGUCUUAGUGCCCAUCCAUUCACCUUAAUGUUUCUCUCUUCUCUUUUAGUGGUCCCCCCCCCCCUACCCCAGUGUUCCUCUUCCCUCCCCUCCCCUGUCCCAUAGUGUUCACCCCCUGUCCCAUAGUGUUCACACCCCAUGCCAGUGUUCUUUCCUUCUUUCCCCCUCCCCUCCCCUGUCCAUAGAGUUCUUUCCUUCUUUCCCCCUCCCCUCCCCGUCCAUAGAGUUCUUUCCUUCUUUCCCCCCCCCUCGUCUCAGUGUUCUUUCCUUCUCCCUGUCCCUUAGUGUUUUUGGGACAGGGAGAAGGAAAAAAACACUAAGGGACGGGGAAAAGGAAAAAGUGUUUUCCUUCUCCCCCCUCUCCCCGUCCCAUAGUGUUUUCCUUCUCCCUCCUCUCCCCGUCCCAUAGUGUUUUCCUUCUCCCCCCUCUCCCCAUCCCAUAGUUUUUUCCUUUCCUCUCUCCCAUCCCAUAGUGUGUUUUCCUUUCUCCCUCUCUCCGUCCUAUAUAUAGUGUUUUCUUCUCCCCCUCUCUCCCCGCCCCAUAGUGUAAGUUUUCCUUCUCCCUCCCUCUCCCCUGCCCCAUAGUGUUUUCCUUCUCCCUCUCUCUCCCAUAGUGUUUUCCCUUCUCCCUCCUCUCCUCGCCCCAUAGUGUAAGCUUUUCUUCUCCCUCUCUCCUGGCCCCAUAGUGUUUUCCUUUCUCCCUCUCUCUCCUCUGCCCUAUAGUGUUUUCUUCCCUCUCUCCCUGUCCCAUAGUGUUUUCCUCUCCCCGUCCCAUAGUGUUUUCCUUCUCCCCCCUCUCCCCGUCCCAUAGUGUUUUCCUUCUCCCCCCUCUCCCCGUCCCAUAGUGUUUUUUUCCUUCUCCCCUCCACCCCUGUCUCAGUGUCUUUCCUUCUCCCCCUUCCUGUCUAAUAGUGUCUUUUUUUUCUUCUCUCCUCCCCAAGCCCCCAUCUCCUGUCCCAUAGUGUUCGUUCCUUCCAACUGAGAGUAAUAUCAUGCAUAAAUCAACCUGCUGAUAAUAAAUUGCACAACCUGGAUAUAGGCAAGCCCAUCAUGAGAAUAUCGGCAUGGAAAUUUCAACAUGUAGAAGGGAUGUGGCUCCUCUCAAGUGUAGUAGUUCUUUAAGACUCUGCUUAAAAAUCAGCAUAUCUCUGGAUCCAGCGGAUCCAGAUGGUGUGGAUAACUCCAGGAGCUAGCUGAUACAGGAACAACAAUAGUGAUAACGUAAGAAUAAAAAUGAGAAUAAAUGUUAUUGUUGUGACCACAAGAAAAACACAACUUAUCUUAUUGCUCCAUAUAUAUCUCAAAGUAUAUUAUUAGAAAUCCUCUGGGAUUUUAGUUGCCAGUGGUUCCAAUUUGUUAAAAAUGGUACGAUCAGGUGCACCUCUGGAUGUCCUGUUUACUUGGUGGUGGUUAUAUGUAAAGUUCAGACAUAUUCUGCCAGGAUGUACAAUCAUUUGUAUCCAAAUUUUGAAAGUUCUGAGCUUUUGUAAAGCUACUUCUGUUCAGAAUAAAAAAAAGUUGGGUCUUAGUAGAAUCCACUACGAUAUAAACCAAGUUGUUUAUACUGACGUUCAAUGUGGGCAGAGACAUUGCAUGCCUUUAAUAAAAGCUAUUCGAUUCCUCUUUUGAAUUGUAAUAUUGUAAAGCAACAAAUCUGUUUGCACACACUAGUGUAGUGUUUCCCAAUCCCAUCCUCAAGACACCGCAAUGGUCCAUGUUUUGUUAGAAUCACAGAUGAAAGGGACUUGUAGAAAUGCUUAAAUCCUGUAGUGUGUAAUGAGGUCCAUGUGCCCACACAUCCUUGGCGUCACUAACGCCAUCGACUAACCCUAAGAGAGACUUUUUUUUGUGUGUGUUAAACCUCUACAAAAUUAGUUUGACAUAAACUGCAUGGGGGUUGGUGCCUUCAGACUAUUUAGCAUGACAACCAUUACAAACAUCUGCAGUAGCCAUGGUUCUUUGAAUACUCCUUUAUCUUCUAACUGUUGAUCGCUAGUGAUGUCCCGAACGGUUCGCCGCGGACUCAUCAUUGAGUAAACUUUGACCCUGUACCUCACAGUCAGCACACACAUUCCAGCCAAUCAGCAGCAGACCCUCCCUCCCAGACCUUCCCACCUUCUGGACAGCAUCCAUUUUGAAGCUGCAUUCUUAGUGAGCUGUCCAGGAGGUGGGAGGGUCUGCUGCUGAUUGGCUGGAAUGUGUCUGCUGACUGUGAGGUGCAGGGUCAAAGUUUACUCAAUGAUGAGUCCGCGGCGAAACCGUUCAGGACAUCACUAUUGAUCACCACUUAACAAUAUGGUGUCAUCCUAAAUCCCGAAUUUGUCUUGGUUUUUGUGGGCAAAAUAAGGACAUUCCAGUAGUGUAUGUAUUGCCUUUUCUGCAAUGGUGUUUUUUACAAAAAACAUUUUCCCCCCUACUAGGUGAAACUGGCAUUGGAAAGUCAACACUCAUGAACACUCUCUUUAACACCACAUUUGAGACCGAUGAAGCUAGUCACUAUGAGAAUGGUGUUCACUUGAGACCACGUACAUAUGAACUCCAUGAGAGUAAUGUGCAUCUGAAGCUGACAAUAGUGGACACUGUAGGAUUUGGAGACCAAAUUAACAAAGAUGACAGGCAAGUAUCAUUACUUCUUCUUUUGUUUGGCUUCAGUGUAACAAAACAAAUGCAAUGUUUAAGGUCUUUUAGAUCUUGGCAAUCACUGAAGCAAGUUCAUUCAUAAAGUUGAUAUAUUUUGCUUCUGGUUUGAAGAAUUUUCAUUAUGUUUCUUGAUAUGGCUACUAUCUGUCUUGGUAGGUGCCACAAUCAGGGCUUAAAAUUUGAAGUCCUAGGGAUGUAUAUCCUCUCUCUUCUUUUCUGCAAGCAUUUUCUUAAGACGACACUAUAGGCACCAAAAUAACUUUAGCUUAAUAAAGCAGUUUGGGUUUAUAGAUCAUGCCUCUGAAGUCUCGCUGUUUAAUUCUUUGCUAUUUAGGAGUUAAAUCGCUUUUGUUUCUCUUUAUGCUGCCUUAGCCACACCUCCCCUGGAUGUGACUGACACAGCCUGCAUGAAAUAAAUGUUCACUUUCAAUUCAAUGUUAACUUACUUUAGAAGUUUUUAUCUUCUUUGUAGAUUGAAGUUUAAUCACACACAGGAGACUGCUGCAAGAUCUGGCAAGUUAACAGAGCAGCAGAGAACAAACUCUAAGUUAAACUGACUGUGCCAUAAAGGAAGUGUAAACAUUAGAUCUCACUUUACAGAAAGUGUUUAGGAAGGCUGUGCAAAUCACAUGUAGGGGGUUGUGACUAGGGCUGCAUAAACUCCUAAAGGGCAGAUUAAGCAGUGAGACUGCAGGGGGAUGAUCUAUAUUCCAAAACGGUUUCAUUAAGCUAAAGUUGUUUUGGUGCCUAUGGUGUCUCUUUAAUACUUGUCAGGUGACCAAGUCAUCAUUGAAACCCUGUUUAUGAAAUGUAAGCACUAUUUCAGAGAGAGAACAAUGUGUAAUCAAUCAGUCAAAGCAAUAAUCAUUUUUUUUUUUAAGUGUCUUAUCUAGAUGAAAAAAUGCUAACAAAGAAUAAAUCAAAAUGUCAGGAAGGUCUCUGACCUAUGAGGUUUCUUUCAUUUGUUUUAUUUACAUGAGCCACAUCGUAUUUAAAUAAUGCAGUUGCCUUUAUUUAAUGGUAUAUUACCUUGGAUCAGUGUUUCCCAAUUGGUGUUCUGCGGAACCCUAGGGUUGUGCGAGAACAAAAUUGGGGUUCCGCCAUGAAGUGCCCCAUCCAAGAUGGCCGCCGCUCCCUGCUGUUCCUGGAAGGUCGGAAACAGCAGAGAUCGCGCGGUCGCAAUCUUAUAAAGAGAUCUCGAGAUUGUUCCACACUUAUGCAUGCCUGUCCGGUGUCUGCUUGCCCAGCGUCAUUUAAGGUAGGAAUUCCUCCCAGCCCAGUAUUCCUUCAUUCCUCUCUCCUCCCAGCAUUCAUUAACUCUUCUCUCCUCCCAGGAUUCCUCUACUCCUUUCCUCCCUGUAUUCCUCCACUACUCUCUCCUCCAGUAUUCCUUCACUUCUCUUUCCUCCCUGUAUUCUCCCAUUCCUCUCUCCACUCGUGUUAAGCUGCCUUACACUGACUUGGCAUAUUGAUCCAAUAUCGAAUUUAUUUUGAUAAAUACUCCAUGUAGUUCCCUAUUCUCACAAGAGCAGGGGUUUGACUUUUGGUUGAAGUGAGGCUUGCUUUCAUAGUGACAUAUAGUGUUCAUGGGAGUAGCUGCAAUUUAUUCUAACUUGUUAGAGUGAAAUGAGAGUAUACAUGAUUUUGGCAAUUUUAAAAUCAUUUUUUAUUUUUACUUAUUUAAAUAUAAUUUUAUUUAAAUAUUUGUAUUUUAAUUUUUCUGCAUCAGUAGAAAUCUGUGAUAAACCAAAAAAUGUUUUUUUGUUUUUUUAAAUUCUUUAUUUUGUCACAGUCAACAAGAUAUAUAUAUAUUGCAUGUAAUACAUUCAAUGAAGCAUAUCACUGUUUUUACUCUUCUGCAUACAUUGGUGGGAUAGCGAUGUUGGCUGUGGUAUUUUGUUUUAUGGUAAUGUAGCUUGUUACUGCCAUGGUCAUGUCUUUAGCGAUGGUUGUGGUUAGUGUAGGAGUCUGGGACAUGUAUGGCUCUGUGGUUUCAAAAAGUGAGAGAAAAUGCGAUAUAUUUCUAUGGCGGGUUGGGUGCUGAGUGGGCACAGCUCCGCUUUGGUAGAGUAAGUGUAAGUGGUUCCUAGCGCGGAGCUGGGGGGGUAAGGUGUUCGUUAAGGAGCUAAUGUUUCUGAGUUACGACUUGUUUAGGUCUGGGAGGUGGCGGAGAUGGGUGUGACCCGCUGUUAGUGCAUGGUGUGGUAUGUUGCGCGGUGUCUAAGCGGUGUAUGUAACAUAAACAACAACAAACAAAAAAGAAAAAACAAACAAAGAGGGUACAAUACCCACGGCAUAACUUAUGCUGCAUCUACGGUUUCUCAACGUGAGGCUGGCCCUAUGAGGUGCCUGUGCCUCACAAUACGAGGGAAAAAAUAAAACUAAAAACGAUAAAAACGAUAAAAAUAAAGAAUCCCAAGAGGUUAAGUAACCAUAUAUAAAGGCAGCUAUAUAAAUGAAAAAAUGUAAUGUCCAGAGUCACGUGGUUGCACGGUUGGGUAGGUUCCGAUUUGCCGGGAUGAACGGGACAGAGUUGGCCAGGUCCCAUGUUGUCGGUGCCGGCGUUGCUGCGUGGUUCAGGCCCAGAUUGGUCAGGGUUGCCUCUAUCUGCGAUGCCUCCGCUACCUUGAUCUCCGUGUUUUGGUGCUGGAUAAUGAGCGUGUGUGUUGGGCCCCAUCGGUACUUGAUUCCGUUCGUUGAUAGUAUGGAUGUGAGGGGUCGUAGCGUCUUCCGCCACUGAAGCGUCGGUCGAGAGAGAUCUGAGUAGAAGGUAACGUCCAUAUCCUCAAAGUGGAAUGGGGGUUUCCCCCUCACUGCUUUCAAGAUGGCUGCCUUAUCUUGGCCAUUUUGGAAUUUGACCAGUAGGUCGCUGGUGUUGGAGGCCGCAGCUGCAGGAGGCUUUGGGAGCCAAAACAUCCCCUCUAGUGUGAUGCCUUUUGCCUGUUUGGGUGUCAACAGUGCUGUGAAGAGUCUGCGCAGGCAGUGGGGUAGUUCUGCUUGUGUGAUAGUGUCCAUGAGGCCCCUGAUCUUAAGGUGUUUCCACCUUCUCUUGUCCUCCAUUGCUGCUAGUUGGUGGCUCAGAGUGGUGUGAGCUGCAGUGAGAGUGGCAAUCUGAUUCUGCAGACCUUGGAUGUGGGCUGCAUGUGUUGUGGCUGUCUGCUCUAUUAUAUUUAGGCGCCCAUUGAACCCCUUGAGGUCUUCUCUCACCUGGGAGAUUUCUGAGGAGAGGCUGUGACGGAGAUCCGCCAGGAGGCCGGUAAGUAUCCCUGUGGUGAGAGGUUCUGACCCUUUGGCUGCUGGCUGGGCAGAUGUUGUAGGGUUAAUUCCACUCUCUUCUGUGUCGUGGAGGGAGUAGUCAGCCGAGUCGUCUGAGAAGUCUCCCAUGUCCGCCGCCAUGUCAGUCCUCCCCACGCCAUGCGGUCCCCUCAGGAGGUCGCCGAUAUCGGCACAGAAUCUCGGUCGAUCCGGACGGGGCUUUUUGGUUUUUCUCCCCAUCGUAAGGAGAGUUGUCCGGGGCUUGUUGGGGGGUGUUGUACCCCUAUGUUCGGCAGGAUUAGGGUGUUUUUCGUGCCCGUUUAUCGGAGCUCAUGCAGAGAGCGACCGUUGCCGUCGGAUGCUAGCUCCGCCCCUCAUAAACCAAAAAAUUUUAAUUCUAAGAGCUGUUAACAAAGCAAGCGUCCUUUGGUAGUAAAGUAAAUUAAAGCAUCCUUUGGUAGUAAAGUGUUCUCUUUACUCUGCGAUUAAACAAAAGUCCUGAUUAUGUUCAUUUCUUUCUAAGAGCUUUAUAAAAACAAACAAACCCCCCCCCCCAAAAAAAAAAAAACAGCAUCCUUUGCAGUCAGGUAGUGAGACCUGUUUAAGUGUUCUAAUUUUUUUGCUCCAAGACUGAUUUAAAAUCCUUCUUACAUUAAGUUUUUUCUGAGCGCAAGAUAAAAAAAACAGCAUCCAUUGCAGUCAGGUAGUGGGGUCUUUUUAUUUUUUUACCAACCAACAACCAUGAAUUUGGACAACUGGUAAAAACAAGGAACUAUGAAGAGAAAAAGGAUUACUACUAAUUGUUUGACAAUUUUAGAAACUGAGAAGACGAUACAACAAGAAAACAAGUCCAAAAGAGUUGAAUCUACUGUUCAAGUAGCAGAGAAAAGUGACAAAUCAAAGAAAAAAAGAAAAGCACACAAUGCUACCCAAUCAUCUUCUCAAAGAAAACAAAAUAUGAUGACCGCUACUUGUCCUUUGGAUUCACAAGUGCCAUAAAUAAAAAUAUAAUUCAAGCACAGUGCUUAGUUUGCUAGAAAAUAUUGCCAAACAGUUUGUUGGCACCUGCUAAAUUACGUCGUCAUUUUGAGCAAAACCACCCAGAGUACAAAGAUAAAGACAUUGCCUCUUUUUAAGCGAAAGCUUCAGUAGUAUCAGAAGACCAAACAGUUUGAGCAAAAUAUUUGAAAAUGAUAAUAAAAGGCCAAUUAUUAAAAUGUUUGUGCUACGACGCAAAAAAUUUUUUCAGGGUUCCACGAUGUUGGUAUACUAUAUCAAAGGGCUCCACGGGAAAAAUUAAUUGGGAACCCCUGCCUUAGAUCAAGUGAGUCUGACAUUUUUGCCAGGGUGAAACAUACAGUUUAAUUAUAUAUAACACAGUCAUUGCUUUUUAGAUGGUUAAUGGAUUAUUGACAAAGCUCCACUGUAUCAUUUUAGCCUCUGGAAAUAGCACCUGUUGACAGUGCUCAAUAUAAAUAAUAAGAGACUCAUUGCAUAAUUUAAAAUAUACAAAACACAGACCGCUUUACCUGGGGAUCUUCAGUGUCAUCUGUCCUCUCCACUGGGUUCCCAGCAAGUCCUGCGGGACCCUGAGGAUUCUUGAAAUAUUAGAAUACCACUGACAUUCUAGAAUUUCAAGAAUCUGUUUGAACUCUGCUGGGAAAAGGCUAAUCAUAUUUGAUUAAUCACAGUUAAAGCAGCUAAUUUGGACAAGUAGACUAUUUAUUUUAAAAAAAUAAAAAUUGUUUAACAUGUUACAUAUACCAAAGUGAGAUUGUGUUUCUUGUUGAACUGUAUCAUCUGACCUGUCAGCCAACGUAGGGAAACGGUUAUAGAAAUUCUGUAGGGCUGGAGAAAUUGUAUAAAAUGCAUAAAGUAACUUCUGGCAUGAUUGGAAUGUCACCCUUUAUCCCACAAUGCAUCAUACUGAUUGGUGAACUGGAAGCCUAAAAUAGUUCUUGUUAAGACCUCCAGUUAGUUGGUGAGAAAUACGGCUUAUGCGAUUACUUGGCAGGUUAGUAGUAAAGUGGAAGAUUAAAAAAAGCAAAAAGGUUUAGACUACACUAAAUUCAAAUAGUUUUUUUUUAACUGGCUAGCUCUGCAUUUAAGUCUAUAUGUGUAAGUGGUUGCCUAAUCUUAUAUGUAUGAGCCUAUAAUUGUGUGUGUGUGUGUGUGUGUAGCUAGUGUAUGGGAGAGCAGAUUAAAGUCGAGCUAUCCAUUCUCUGGGGUUUGUCACUGGUUAGCAGUGCUUACUAGAGUGAGUAGUGCAGCAGAGAUAAGUUGAAAGAGAUACAAGCAUCCCUCAUACUCUGCAUUGUCUAACAACGCAACGACAACACCACAUGAUGCACUGGGCAUCUGCAGGGAAGUGCCAUAUGAGUACAGGAGAGCCAUGUGCGCAUGCAGCACCAUAGGGGUUUGGUUAAUAGCACGGUAUUAUUAUUGGUAUUUAUAUGGUAAUUUUAUAUGGUAUGUCUUUCCAUAUAACCUACCAAUUAGGAAAUUAGAUUUUUGGUUAGUGCCAGGAUGGCAUAAAACACAUUAUGCUAUUGGAUUAAUUUCCAAAAGGUAGCCUCUCUCUGCCUCUGUAUUGCUAUUAUUAUUUAUAAUGCACCAACAAAUUCUGCAGCACUGUACAGUAGGUAGGCUAACAGACAUGAGGGUGUUGAGGGACAUGCACAAAUGAGCUUACAUUCUAGAGCGAGAGGGCAAAGUGGCACAAGAGGUAAGGGCAGGAUGUAUUUCAGUUAUGGGAAAAAUGAGGUUUCUAUAAUCGUUUACAGUGAAGGGUUAGUUUCUUUGAACGACACUGUUGCAGGAAACAAAGCAAAAUUGAUUACUAUGGUGCGCGGGAGGGAAAGCUAUUUACCAUUUAAUGGAUAUGCUUUUCUAAAUAAUUGAUUUUUAAAUGAUCUUUUGAAGGAACAGAGUUGGGUGAGAGUCUAACGGAGCAGGCAAGGGAGCUCCAUAGGAAAGGCGCAGACCUUGAGAAGUCUUGAAAAUGAGCGUCAGAGGUGCGAGUGGGAAUAGAGGAUAGAUACAGAUCUUUGACAGAGUGUAGGGGCCUGAACAGCACAUGUUUGUAUAGUGAGGAUAGGCAGGUACGAGCAGCGUAAUGUAGAGAUUAGUAUGCAAGCACAAGAAUUUUUUUUAAUUGAGUCCUAAAUCUUACUGGAAGCCAGUGUAAGGACUGAGGGGGGAGGCAUGUCACUCACAAACAUUUACUUGGACUCUGCAGUAUGUUUUCAGCUAGAGAUAUAGAGACCGUUCAUUAUCUCCCAUUACAGCAUGAUUAAAAUUGUAGAUGUGUGAAGUUCGUACUUUUUAUGUUCAAGAUAACACAUUGAAGAACUGUCCCACGUCAGAUUUUUGCACACAGCCAAUAGCAAAUGGUUUUUGUCACUGGGCUCUUAGUGGGGGGGUCCUGAAUUAUUGUCAAGUUGCACACAAGGCUCCCUGUUAAUAAAUCAAUCCAGACUGAGGGCUGGACAUGCAGGAAGUAGUGUUUCAGUGCUCUCUGCAGGGUCCUAGUGCCCUGUGUGUAUUGUGAGCUUGGGCUACACUCUUUGGGGACAGUUAAAAACCCUGCUGUGAAAAUUGACGCAUUUGGGAGUCAUGCCAUGGGUGGAGUGUGGCCAGGGGCGCUGCUGUCCUGAGAACUUUUAGGUGACUUAAUGAUUUAUGCAACUAAAAUAUAAAUGAGAAUGACUGACUGGAUUCUAUUUUUUUUUUUUCAUUUAUUCGGACUGAUUUCUUAACACAUUUAUUGUAGCUUAACCCCUUAAGGACCAAACUUCUGGAAUAAAAGGGAAUCACAUGUCAUGUGUCCUUAAGGGGUUAAAGGCAGAUUACUGUGAAUAUUAUUGCUGUGGAGCUCCGUUAUGCAAUGAAAAACACCAACAAUAUGGAUCUCCUAGAAAAGAGGGACAUCAUGAUAGAAAAGAUGGACAGAUGGCAUACUUCUCAGGGUUCCUUAUUUAAAAGGGAUAGUCCAAAAUCCGUCAGUCAUGGACCUGGAAGGCAUUUUUAGUCCAAAGAUUUGACACCUCUUGUGUUAAACCUGUUUAUUUGGUGGGGUGAACCAGUCAUUAUUGAAAUUUGGCUUUUCAAUUGAUGUAGAAAUUACCAUCUAACUUGCAUUUGUGUUGGUAGAACUUCUGAUGAAUUCCCAAGCGUUUAUCUGCAUUAGUUAUGCUAUUCAGUUUAGUAAAUUAGGUGUAAUGAAUCAUCAAGCCACUGCCAUGAUUUGGAUUUAAAAUGAAUCUAGAAUUUAAUUUAACAAAAUAAAUUCUUUAAAAUGCCUGCAGCACUUAUGAAGCCGAUAAAAAAAUAAUAUUGCAGAGAAUAAUGACACAGCCUCAUUGGUCGGUGCUGUCCUAUGGUUACGCUAUUGACUUAUCAAGUCCAUCUAAAGAUGUGCCAUGGUCAACUGCUAAAAGGGGCUCUGUCACCUCAAAUUUGCCUUUCUGUAUUGCUUCUUAUUCUCAAUCUUUCAGAAUCUGUUCUUUUCUUUGUAUCGGAUCUAUUUAUCUUUAAAACAUUAGACAAAGUAAGGACUACAUUGUUUGUGUAUUUUUCAAACGCUUGAAAAUCCUGACUAGGUUUUUUUGUUAAACUAAGCAGAGCUUGCCCUUAAUCUUCACCCUUUGUCUUAUGUAUUUUUUCCUAUGACAAUCUUGAUUUCAAGAGAAAUAGAUUAGAAAAGAACAGAUUCUAAAAGAGGAAGAGAAGUGGAAACUGGAGACGGUCAAGUUUGAGGUGACAGCCACUUUGAGUCAACAGCCUGUUCCAAAAUGAUGUCGCCUCACAUAGUUCUGCAAUUCCCUAAAUACCUGUGUGUGUGUGUGUGUGUGUGUGUGUGUAUAUAUAUCGACUAGUGUGAUUUAUUUUAUUUAAAUGUACAUAUUUUUUACAGCCCCGUGUAUAUACGUUGCAUCUAUAGUUACACCUAUUGUACAGUGCUACAGAAUUUGUUAGUGUUUUAUAAAUAAUAAUAUACGUUACCCUGUGGAUGACUGGUUUAUGUGCGUUUCUAAAUGUCUUGAUGAGAAAAGCUAGUGAUUUAAAACAACUUUCACCUGUGAUCAGGCUUUUUGUUUUACAGAAAUGCAGUGCUCACAACACACAGCCUAAAUUCUUUUGAAAUACAAUUUAUCAGCAAAGAAGCAUACAAGUUAACACAGAGUUCUGCUUACAGUUGAUAAAGCUGAAUGAGUUGUUGGUUAUCCCUAAGGCUAGCGCCAACAGCUGGAGCAAUUCACGUUACUGAAACCUGUGUAUCAGUGAUAUAUAACCAGGUGACCCGAGUGUUUAAAGCCAUCGUUUACUUUUUGUGAUAGGCCAUAAUUAAAGUGAUCUUUCUUUUGCUGUUUGAUUAGACUUUCCCAGAAGUAUGUGAGCUGUCUGGAAGUUACCUGCCACAAUCGUUAGGGAGGCAUAAAUCACAGGAAAAUAUUUCUACCACACGCUUUCCAGUAAAGCCUUGGAGUCUUGGCAGUGACAUAAGGUGUCUGUGGUUUUUAAUUUUAUUAAUAACUUGUCAUUUAUAAAUCCUUAAUGCUGCUGUCAGGAGAAGUACGUGAUAGCUUGGAGCAUGUCGUGAACUCCUAGUUUUAAAAAAGAAAGAAAAGCCUAUACCGUUGUAACAUUGACAUGUAUUGUAAAACCCUUAAGACUUUAGUCUUUAAAAUAGGAAUUAGGCAGACAAAAAAAAAAUGAAAAUAUUAGACAAAAAUAAGUGAAUUUGAAAAUGUUUCCACCCUGCAGAUUUUGGGUUGAAAAUAGCUUACCUUGAGCAUUUCUCUUAAUUACUGCUUUAUAAAUAUAUAAUUUGCUUCUGUUUUGUAUGGCAUUUGUGACUACAUUUCCUGCCAAAGGGGUUGUGAAUUUUUUUUUUUUUUUGGGGGGAGGAUGGGGUAGCAACUUAUUAAAUGAGCACUAUAAGCACCACAACCACUGCAGCUUGAUGUAAUAGCUCUGGUGCAUAGAGGCUAUCACUGCAUUGUAAGAGGGACUUUGUGGAACUGUCCUGUUUGGCAUAUGCACACUAAGCAUGACUUUUACUUUACUUCAGUUGACUCCAUGUAAUAUAACUGGAGCAUUAUUGUUCAUCUUCAGGGGUUCUCAUGAGUUGUUUCCAAUUGUCUCUGUUCUAAAAUGUGCUAAAUAUGUUUUCAGUUUUACGUAGCUGGACUUGAUUUGCCUGGUAUUUAGCAAUAAAACUUUCCCCAUAAUUGUGUGUGUGUGUGUGUGUGUGUGUGUGUGUAUGUAUGUAUGUAUAUAUAUAUAUAUAUAUAUAUAUAUAUAUAUAUAUAUAUUAUAUUAUUGCUCAUUACACAGUUUUCAUUGUGUGUCCCAUCUUACUUUACUGAAAGUUGUUUGAUUCUCCUGGUCUUUCUGUGCCACUAGCCUGUUUCAAUGGCAUUCCUUACUAUUCUUUUUACCGGCAUCCUUGCUUUGCAUUUGGCCCUUUUUUAUUUAAUUUAUUUUUAACAAUGUUCUUAGUGAACCUUUUUAUAAGUACACUCUUAUAAAUUAAAGAAAGCACUGCUAGUGACUACUUGAUCCAAUUUAAUCCAAUGUUACUUUGAAAUAUGUGAUGCAGGAAUUAACUUUCAAUGAAUGGAGCCAAUGACAAUCUUUCAUCGAAUACAUCAAAAGGGGAAACUACCUGUGGCGGCCUACUCACAGGGAAUCUGAGUGUCGCCACCAAGGACUCAGUUUGUCUCUGCGAUUAUAGCUCAGAGAGCAUAGUAUAGUGUUAUAGCUGCUCUAGCAGGUUUAUCCCAAGCUCUUGCCAAGACUUGGUGUAGAGUAAGGUAGAACUUAUUUUAUUGGGAAAACUGCACUUUUUUUUUUUUACUUGGGUCCUCAACAGGAGGUUCCCAGAUGAACAAUAUCUCUUGUGACAUACCUGGCACCUAGGAGUCCAUGCCUGACCAGAUAAUUGAAUUGGCGUCAAGACAUCUUUGCACCGGUUAACAAUUUAACAUAAAAAGCAUGGUUCCAUUGUCAUAUUCCCCAAUAAAUGCUGUCAUUGGAAAACUGUCUUCUAAAUGGCUCCUGAGACCAAAAAGGAGCUCAGAUCGGAAAUGGCUAGCCUGAGUUAGUUGGGAGUAAAGUUCUGACGGGGCUGCGAUCGUUCUCUGAUCCACAGCAAAGUUCCAUAGCGCUGGUUUGGAAAUCCUGGUCACCUAAAAUGAUGGUGCUCUCAGUUGAUACAUGGAGCUCCAUCAAGUCAUGGGUAUGAUGCCUCAUCACCUCCUCUAUCUCCCCUCCAAAUAGCGUUUGGAUAGGUGACUCUGAGACCGAGAGCUCCCAUGACAAAGUUUUACUGGACUACGGCAGCUCCGCCAUCCAAUGAGAAGUUGAAGGUUGCUACACAGUGCCUCUUCGACCUUCCUGCGGGUCUACAAUGUGUCUUGGGCCAGUUGGAAGGGUGCUGGGCUGGGAGAGGCAAUUAAGUUGAAAAUAGUUAUUUUUAGAGGUGCAUGGUGGUUGGGAGACACGUACAAUUCCUGGGUGACCGGGUGAUCUGUCACGCUACCUCUUUUUCUGUAAAUUGCACCAUUGAAUAAAACAUUUAACAUCUUUUAGAACUUUUGUUACUUUUUUUUGCAUUUUCUUUUAAAUUUAAAUCAAAUUUCCAAAACUUGCUCACAAUCUACAUCCAUCCCGCACAGCUAGAGCACACACUGCAAAUCAAGUUGAGAAAUACAAACAUUGUGUUUAUUUCUCCUCUCUUCUGUAUACUUUGACUGCCAAGUGUGAAGGACAGAGCUUACAGCAAUGAUUGGCAGAGAGCCAAAUUGGACACCCCUUGUUGUAGGAUAAAAAGGUGUGGAUUCCUACAUUUAGUUUUAUUCUUCACACAUAAGAAAUAAAUAUUUGUGAAUACAGAACUUAGGUAAACAUUAACAUCAUAAGAAGUGAGUGUUCCCCUUUAAUUGUUGCCCCAUCCACUGUAUACAAGAAGUACAUAAUAAGAAAGGUGACCUAUUUUCAUUUGGGCCAGUUAUCAUUUUCCCUUUGACCUUGCUCCAAUCCUGUGCAUAUUUUAUUUAUUUAUUUCUUGUUCCUGUGUCAGCCCUAAUGUUCUUUUUGAGCUACUCGUUGCAGGUCAUCUCCGAUUCUGACUGAACGUGGCUCUGUUGUAAGACACGUGCCCUGCUGGUGCACUUGCUCUUGCAAACGCCUCUGGAGAAAACCUCCCAUUCAAUGACUUUUGUCUUGCAAUAAAAGGUAGCUUUGUAUAGUGUUCACAAGCCUAACCCACGCUACCUCUUCUGUCUUUAACCCUUAAAUUCCCCAAGAGAUUUAAAAAUUAUUUAUUUAUUUUUUUAAAUUGUUCUAAAAGUUGGUUAAUGCAUCAACCAAAUUGAAAUGCUAUUUGUUGUUUCAUUAUUGUUGUUUAGUGUGAAAUUUCAGAAAAUUAUACACUGCAUUUCCUCAUGGGAGUCCUGUUUCUUUGAAAUAUUGUUACUUUGCUAUUUGCCAUAUGUUUCCACACCCUUUAUGGUUGUCAGGAAUCUUGUUCAUCUACCCGGACUCUUCCCAUAUGUAUAAUAAUGCCACAGGAAGAAAGGUGUGGACAGAUUAUAUAGAUUAUAGAUGUGUGUUUUCAUGUUGCUCACGAAAAUGGAAAAAAAAAAGUGUGUGUGUCAUAUAGGAUAAACAAUCUAUAGAACACCAAUGAAUGUUUUAGGCAGUGUUUUGUCUGUGAAACUGUUAAUGUGUUUGCCAGACCUUCUGUAGAGCAGCAAUGUUGAGCCAGAAUAGUGGAACAUUUUACCAAUUUUCAUAACUUAUGUGUUUUGUUGUACACAGCCCUGAGUACUAUUAAAUUUAGAGUUGUGUGUUAAAGGUCACUACGACAUCUCCAGGCAUUAAAUGUAUGCGUAAAGGGAGAAAUUUAUCAAGAUGAAAACCAAAGCUGCUCUGGGGCAAAAAAGCUAAAUAAAGAGAAAUCCCCAUGGAAACCAGUAGAAUGUCUCACAAAGUUUAGCACGUUGUACUUAAAAUAACACCUGGUUGCUUUUAAUAAAUUUCCUCCAUGAUGUCUUAUUUGUAGAAAUACAUUAAUACCAGGUCUGCAAAUUACUGGUGAAAGUGGUGAAUUAGCUUUUCGACUCUCAAAACCUGGUUAUAUCGAAGAUCCAGCUAGAAAUGUUCUUUGUAGGUAUGGUUGCUAGAUCAGCCAUUUUUUUUCUGGACAGGCGGUACUUCAUAUUUUUGCCCUGAGUUUUGUUUUUCGUAGUUUAGAAAUCCUAUAUUGUUGAGUUCUUAUUUCAGCAAUUGGAUUCUAUAUGCUGCAGGAUACCACUUAUUGUUCCUAUCAAUAUAGAUGUGAUAUGUGUCCAGAAAAACAUGGCGGGCCUGGCUCUUCUAAUGCUUGCACUGUAUACAAUUAACACCAUUUACACACUGACCUGAAUUUCUGUUUUAAGUCUAAAAUGCUGCUGUAUUAGGCAUCUAGUAAUAAAUAUAUAUUUAUUUAAGUCCAUCACCUGAUGGAAAGAGGUUUAUUAGGAAAUGACAAUGAAGAAAAUGGUUACAAUUCUACGAUAACCACAGCUUUACAUGGUGUCUUUUUGCAGUUACAGGUCAGUCGUUGAUUACAUUGAUACUCAGUUUGAGAAUUACCUCCAAGAAGAGCUCAAAAUUAGACGUUCCCUUUUUGACUACCAUGACACAAGGAUACACGUCUGUCUGUACUUCAUCACACCCACGGGUCACUCGCUGAAAUCUCUGGAUCUGGUUACAAUGAAGAAACUGGAUAGUAAGGUAUGGUAUGCAACCGAGAUGGAAAUUCAUACAUUUCUGUAGAGUGACGUCACAACCAAAACAGCAUGUUUGCCCCAGUGGAAUCUUGACUUGUGCCUGUGAUGCAAACUCAACAGCCACAUACAACAUGCAUGCUUCUCGUCUGUUGCUUUUUCAUCUAUUUCUAUAGUACAUGCUCAACCUCUGCAUAUGUGCUGCUACUUGUGGAAGGGAGUGAGAGACUUAAAGGAACAAUCAAUUUAAAAAUGUGUGUGUGUAUGUAUAUAUAUUUAAAUGUAACAAUUUAGUAGUUUUAGCACCAAGAAAACAUGCAUAUAUUAAAUAUUUAUUUCUGCAGACCAGUUUGCAGCCUUUGCAAGCUCUUCCUCUUUUUCUCAUUGAGAAGCCUGUUUGGAGCCGCACAUGCGCACAGCUUUCUUGUGCUUCUUAUUGAGCUGUAGUAAUGCUCAUUGAGAAGGGUAAAAGGCAGGCUAUACUAGCCCAAAUUCUGUGGAACUAGCAGAAGCCGCUGUCUGAAAACUGGGGAGGCGUUUCGGCUAUAUUUAAUAAAAGUGCCAAUUUCUAUUAAAAUCUGCACUUAAAUAAACUGUCAUAAAUCUCUCAGACUGCUGAAGUGCUUUAUGUGUCUGCAAUGUUUGUCUAAAUAGUUAAUUAUUUGGAAGUUUUCCAAUAUGCAGUGAAAAUGGAGCAAUUUUCAGCAUUACAAAAUUCCCAAAUUGUUAUUAUUACCGCCAUGCUGUAGUUUACAUAAAAUAUAUACAAGGAGUUUAGUUUGGUUUUUGAUUAGAAUUGUGAUACCGGCAAAAUACAUGCAAUCUGUUUUAAGAACAAAUUGUAUACUUGCCAGGAAGCAGAAAAUAAAUGAAAAUACAUGCACGCUAUUCACAUAUCUCAGGAAAUACUUUGAAAUCUUCAUUGCCGCAGUCAUCUGAUAUUCAAUAUUGGUAAAACCACCAAAUUUAGUCAUAAUUUUACAGAUUUUUUUUUUAACAAAUGGUGGUAUCUGUGUGUACACAUCUAGUGGUGUAGUAUAGAAAGUCAAAUAGACAAAAAAAAAAUAGAUGCCCUCACAAAGAAAUGACAAAAGUACACAUUUCACAUAACUCAUAUCUGUAAUCUUCUUCCUCGUCUUAUGUGGUUCAACUUGAUUUGCAAAAAGAAUAGAAAAUUUAAUUUCACAGCAAUCCUAAAUUUGUAUUAAAAUAUGCACACUUACAUAUUCUAGUGAUUGAUUGUCCACCUCACCCUUCCUUCUGGAAGACUGCAUAAUACUUUUCAUAUCUAGUGUAAAAUUCCCAGAGUGUGGAAACAAUGAUACUUAAAGCGACAAAACCCACUACAGACCCAUUUAAGUUGCGGUAUAGCCUUACACGUUGCAUGCAAACUUAUUCAAUGGCAAAAAAUAGUUGAAGCAAUGAGUGUGUAUGUGUCGUGCACAUUUACUCUUUCCUACUUUGCUGGGUACUUGGAUAAUUGGAGAACGUGGUUCCUAGAACACACUUGGCAGCAAGCAUAAUUACAAACAGUGAACACAUGCAGGAGUAGUCCAUGCCAAUCAUGAUACCCUGUUAUAUAAGUUGGUGUUUUGCAUCAGAAGCCAGUCUGUUAAUUCUCACCACGCAUCACAAAUUAGCUUCGUGAACAAGUCCACUCCAAACCCAGUUAUAAUGCAAACAAAGAACAGGAAAAUAUAUAGUUUUAGGUUACAAUUUAUAGCUACUAAAGAACAGGUAAUGCUUCCAACAAUCAAGCAGGAUGUUGCAAGUAAAAAGAUAAAAAGGAGCAACACUGACAUCCAGCAAUAGGGUCUGUUGAUUGUCCCAUAAUGUAACAAGGCUAUGAAAGCCACAUUUUGCCAAAUGCAAUGGGAGGGGAUAUCCCAUAUACAGCUGUAUUGCAUCUUUAUGUGAAGAGUGUCCCCUAUUUUUUAAUUUUGCAAACAGUGCAUUUUUCAAUAGAAAUGAACACUUAUCAAUAUAACUUAACCUGGUUACAUCCCCCUGGCUUUCACACAGACAACAGGUUACUUCCUGGCUUGUUUAGCUCUUUACACAAUUGCCUGCCUCUUGAAUUCAGCUUCAAAGCACCUCCCUUGCAAAGACUUCUUAUUGAGCUGCACUGGCAAGUCUGUGAUUGGACAGCCGCACAAAGUCUGAGCGGGGCUUGAAGUCAUGGGUUUGUAAUCGUAGCAGACAAGAGAACUGCAAGUUUUUCAAGCUGUUUUUAAAUAUACCCCAAUGAGAAAAAUAUGCAUAAUUUAAUGCAUGAAAGUUUUCAUUGGUUUAUAUCUACUUAACAGGGAUUAAAAAAAAAGUGCAUUUGGGCAGUGGAGUGUUCCUUUAAUGAAAUUACAAUCACCCAAUCACAUGCACAUAAAAUUAUCCAGCCACAUCAUCCAACUGGUCACACUCAUGCAUCAUACAUGCUUUGCUACACACACCUGACUAGCUUUACAAUCACCCCUACAUAAACAUAGACUAGACCACGGAUCUUUAUAUCAAUACAUAUACACUCGUGCACAAACACAUUAGCAUGCAUUGACCCACCCUACCACACAGACACCACACAGACAUAGUUACACACUGCAUGUUAUUCAUAGAAAGACCUAUGUAAUUUAUUUUCCUCUCUCUCUGUCCUUGCCCUAUUAAGGGAGGGAGAUGGGCUUCAUGCUUUGUCUGGUGUGUAGUGUUGGGGGACACGAUAGUUGUGCACUUGUCAGCAUAGCCUUUACUUCUGCUCGCUGCUCAUGGUUCGCCUGCCAGUGGGUGCCAUGAUAUGGACUUGUGCAGUACAUGCUGAACUGUGUCCUGUCUUCUCCAUCCAAAGCGCCACCUGAUGUACAGUGUGUAUGUGUUGCAUUGGGGUUGGUCAGCAAUAUGACCAUCUCAAAACUCCUCCAUCAUAAAACUCUGUAAACUAAAAUAAAUGUGUAGAAAUCCAUUUCUCUUGGUCUUUUUCUGUCUAGAUAACUAUAUUGCUAGGUCUCAAUUACCAAAAUGUGUUCUAGAACAGCAAGCCGUAUCUUUAGCUAAAACAGUGUUUUCCUUACUCUAUUUGAAACUUUGGGAGUACACCCUGUAUGAAUGAACUUUAUUCUGUGUAUUCACAAUUUACAAAGUAAAGGAAAAUGAUCAGUGUGAACAAGGACCAAACGCAGACACAGUCACACACCCAAUAUUUUUGUGUCUCAUUUUAAAGAACAAUUGCACUUGAAUAUACAAUAGGGCUUUGGCAGCUAGCUUCUUUAAAUAUUAUUCCUAAGACUGCUGGCUGGCGGGCAGUUUGAUAACCUCCUGUAUGUUUUGUAAGAAGGCAGACUGCCAAGCUUGCUGCAGUGAUGUAAUAAAAAAGGCAGACUUAAGAUUUUAAGAGAAAUAAAAUACAAAAAAAUACGUUAAAUAUUAACUUUGCAAGUGAAGCUAGAUGGUUAAUAUUUUAUUAUGAUUUCUACUUUAAUAUAGAGACUAGCAGCCAGUUUAAAAAAUGUAAGAAAAAAAAGACUUUCAACACACACAUUAAUGAAUGGUAGUGAUUAAACAGUUUUACAGGUCAUGUGCCAGACCGUACCAGUCCAAAUAUGAAAGCUAUGUAGAUUUGGCAAUGUUGUCAGCCUAAUUUAUCAUUUCUUAGACUACUACCAUUAUCUGAUUCCUUACUUCCAGCAUUGGAUUUCUCACAGCUGUUGUUUUCUUUCCCUUACUUAACCCAGAUGCAGAACACUUUUCUAUUUAGACCCAGUGUCUGAUAGCAACCAUUGCACAUACCUGAUGAUUUCCUAGUUUGUGCCCUGAGCCAUUUCUUUUUUCUUUUUUUUUUUUAAUCUAGAGUAUGGCUAAUCAUGCAAUUUGUGUGUGUCUCUGUCUGUCUGUCUGUCUCUCUCUCUCUCUCUCUCUCUCUCUCUCUCUCUCUCUCAGGGCCGGUGCAAGGAUUUUUGCCGCCCUAGGCAAAAGUAAAGUUUGCCCCCCCCCACCCCCAUAUGACAUCACAAUGCCCCAUGUUAACUAACGCAAGUGCUGCAGUGCCGCCGUGUUUACAUUAAAAGGCCUGCAGGGACAGGCUAUAGACACCAGAACCACUACAUUAAGCUGCAGUGGUUCUGGGGACUAAAGUGUCCCUUUAAUGUGAGGUAAAUUAGAGAUUAGUGCCACGAAUAAUAUACUAGAUUGCCUACUUACAAUCAGAUGAGGAUGGUGAUGGGCUCUAGCUGCAGUCUGGCUCCACUCGUCUGGUGUAGAACAGGCUCUCUGGAGGCUGUUUGUGUUCUGGGAGAACGGGAAGCAGCUCAAUUUUUUGGGGGCCCUUUACACAGCUCAAGGUCUGAGCCCCAGGGUCCACCUUCAUGUUCCUCCAAUUAGUUUGUUCACAGGAGUAGGGGAUGUCCUGAUAUGUGUGUAAGGAAUGCAUUGUGUGAAUCUGUGUUUGUAUGUGUAAGGGCUGCAAUGUGUGUUUCUAUGUAUGUACGGGAUGCAGUGUGUGUGUCUGUAAGGGGUGCAUUGAGUGUGUGUAAGGGGUGCAUUGAAUGUGUGUAAGGAAUGCAUUGUGUGUUUCUGUGUGUGUAAGGGAUGCAUUGUGUGUAAGGGUUGAAUUGCUUGUGUGUGUGUGUAAUGCAUUGUGUGUUUUUCUGUGUGCAAGGGGUGCAUUGUGUGUGUGUGAUGGAUGUCAAUCUCUCCCCCCUCCCUUGUCACUCUCUUCUCCCCCUCUCCCUCCCUCGUCACUCUCUUCUCUCCCCUCCUUGUCUCUCUCUUCUCCCCCCCUUGUCCCUCUCUUCUCCCCCCUCUUGUCCCUCUCUUCUCCCCCCGUUGUAACUCUCUUCUCCCCUCCCCACUCUCAUUCCCCCUCCUAACCCCGUCAAUUCCCCUCCCUGUCAAUUUCUCCCCCCCACCUUGUCAAUUUAUUCCCCCCACCCUGCCUGUCCAUUUAUUCCCCCACCCUGCCUGUCCAUUUAUCCCCCCCUCCCUGUCCAUUUAUUCCCCACCUGCCUGUCCAUUUGUUCCCCACCCUGCCUGUCCAUUUAUCCCCCCCCCUCCUGUCGUUUAUCCCCCCUCCUGUCCUUUAUCCCCCCCCUCCUGUCCAUUUAUCCCCCCUCCUGUCCAUUUAUCCCCCCCUCCUGUCCAUUUAUCCCCCCCUCCCCUGUCCAUUUGGUUCCCCCCCCCUCCUGUGCAUUUAUUCCCCCUCCUGUCCAUUUAUUUCCCCCUCCUGUCAUUUAUUUCCCCCUCCUGUCCGACCCCCCUCCUGUCCAUUUUAUUUCCCCCCCUCCUGUCCAUUUAUUUCUCCCCUCCUGUCCAUUUUAUUUCCCCCCUCCUGUCCAUUUAUUUCCCCCUCCUGUCCAUUUAUUCCCCCUCCAUGUGUUCCCCCCUCCUGUCCAUGUAUUUCCCCCCCUCCUGUCCGUAUGUUCCCCCUCCUGUCCAUGUAUUCCCCCCCUCCUGUCCAUGUAUUCCCCCCUCCCUGUCCAUUUAUUUCCCCCCCUCCUGUCGUUUAUCUCCGCCCCUGUCCAUUUGCAUCCUCCUCCUGUCCAUUUAUUCCCCCCUCCUGUCCAUUUAUCUCCCCCUGUGUCCAUUUAUUCUCCCCCUCCCCUCCCUGUCCAUUUAUUCCCCCCCUCCCCUCCCUGUCCAGACAGAUGCUCCCUGUACCCGCCGACUAUACAGAGCUCGGCCACGCUACAGAGAGGGAAUGACAUGAGGGAGCGCUGAGCGCUUUCCCUCCUGUCAGCCCCUCUCCUCAGGUUGCGCUCGGGCGGUGCGGUCCGCACUCAUGGACGCACCGCCCGGGCAAAGCUGCAGCCGCCUGAGGCUCUCUACAGAGCACUCGGGCGGCUGCAGCAUUAGGGGGGCCGGCGCUCCUGGCGGCGCCCCUUCCCAAGGGGCGCCCUAGGCGGCUGCCUAGUCCGCCUUACAGGUAGCGCCGGCCCUGCGCUCUCUCUCUCUCUCAUUGAUUGGUCAUUCUGUGUAUGUUUGUGACAUGAUUACUAUAGAAAUAUAUAAAGGGAUAUUUAUUGACCUGUUUAUUAAUGACAAUGUACAAAUAACACAAAUUUAUCCAUGUUGAGUUGAGGAAAGGCAAUUUUACCUACAGUGAUGAAAAACAAUAAACUGUUCCAACCAAUGACAUUGCUCUGUUCCUUUCCAAUCACAUUGCUCCAUACCUUUCCAAGGCAAUGAAUUAGAACGAACAUCGAUUCAGUGAAUUUUAUCUGAAUUGAAGUCCCAGAAUUGCACCAAAUAUUUUGAAAUUAAUUUACACCUUGGUUCGCUCCUUUGCGAUGGCCUAAAUGGAGGAACAGGCAGUUAACUGAGGAUUUUAUCCUAGUUUAACACUCUAAAUAUUUCAACUAAUAAAUGUAACUACAUAUUUCAUUCAGAAGUUAAUGGCAAUCUAGCCCAUGCACUAGAUACCCGUACGUGUGGUUAGUAUAUUGUUUGUUUAGCUUCAUUUGUUAAGCUGUAACAAAACACCUGGUAUAACACAAUACUGAAAGACCUAAUCCUUUGGCAGAAAUUGCUCUAGUGUUGUAGGUGGAUGUUGACUUUUAAAAUUAAGAGCAUUAGAAUUGUGUAACCUCAUUCCUCCCCAAAAAAAAAGAAUAAAAAUAAAUUCCUUUUCUGGUGAAAUCAUUUUACAUUAAAAUGUAGCCAUGACCCAAUAAUAUUUGUGUCCCUUAAAUGUAGAUUAAUUUCAGAACAUAACACCUAAAAUUACAGUGAUAUGAAAUGUUGACUCUUUAAACAAUAACCUGUCACUAGUGCAUUAAUUCUAUUGUUUUACAGGUUAAUAUAAUUCCCAUAAUAGCUAAAGCUGACACAAUUUCCAAGAGUGAACUGCACAAGUUCAAAAUAAAAAUCAUGAGCGAGCUGGUCAGUAACGGCGUUCAGAUCUACCAGUUUCCAACGGAUGACGACGCUAUGGCUGAUGUCAACUCUACAAUGAAUGUACGUAUAAUACCAAAAUACUUCUGAAAAACUAGAUUGUCUGCAUAUACUAUAAAAAGAAAAUCAGAGAGAAGCAGGCUGCCUUUCAUUUUUUUUUUUUUUUUAAACAUUGCUAUUCCCUGGGAUUCUGCAGCAGUACUCUAGCGCCCUCUAUAGCUAGAUUGUUAUAUUGUAAAAUAUAGGCGCCUGCUGUCUAGUUCAGAUGACGUUAAAGGUACAAGGGAAAAAAACUACCUGAUAUUAAUAUAAUUAACUUUUUGGUUGCCAAAUAAGGUAGUAAAGGUUUUUGUGUGCUGUCCAUCACACUAUUAUGCACAGGUUUUCUGUUUGCAAUUAGUGCUUUGUAAUGUGCACUUAAAAUACUAUGGCUGCGUUUAUCUGAUGGGGGGUGGGGGAGGAAGCCUUUUUUUUUUUUUUUUCUCAAUAUAUUGUCUAUCUAGCUAUGUAAAAUAGCUUUUAAAUAUGUUUAAAUAUUGAUAAAAUACUGAAUAUUUUAGAUAUAGAUAGAAUAUACUGGUGUCUAUCUAUUCCAGUAUUGAAUCUGCAUUUUUAUUCUUUGUGCCUUUUCUGAUUAGGGUCCAUCCAGUAUUGUGACUAAUUGAAAGCAAAAGUACUCGAAAGAAAAUACAACUUUGAGUUCAAAUGUAUUGCCGUUGGUUGUUUUGUCAGUUAUCAAUCAACAGUGACAUCUACUUGCUUUCUAAAACAUGUGGCAACUUGUAUCUGUAAAAUCAUUUACAUAAAUCAGGGCUGUGCAACCUGCGGCCCCCCAGAUGUUGCUGAACUACAACUCCCAUGAUUCCCCGGCUAUCUGUUUCAUUGAAAGAAUCAUGGCAGUUGUAGUUCAGCACCAUCUGGGGGGCCGCAGGCUGGACAGCCCUGACAUAAAUGUUUAAUCUACUUGCUGGAGUGCCAUGUCCUAUUAUAAGCAUCGUAUAAUAAACUUUCCUUUUGUGUCAGGGUAGUUCUAAAGAUAUUUUUAAUAAUGUGGUACAGUAAGCACCAAAAAAACUUUAGCUAAAUGAAGUGGUUUUGAUGAAUCGAUCUUGCCCCUGCAGAAUCACUGGUCAAUUUUCUGCCAUUUAGGAGUUAAAUUCUUUAUUCAUGCAGUCAUUUUCAAUCCGUACAGUGUGUUUUUACUUUAGAAGUUUUUGUCUCCUGCUCUGUUAAAUGAACUUUAAUCGCACACAGGAGGCUCCAGCAUGUUCUAUUAGGCUAUUAACAGAGCAGGGAAUAAGACAUUCUAAAUUAAACAGAAUGUGCAAUAAAGGAAGUUUAAACAUUAGAUCUCCCUUUACAAGAAAUGUGUACUGAGACUGUAUAAGUCACAUGCAGGGGAGAUGGAAGGGCUGCAUAAACAAAGUGAAUUAACUCUUACAUGGCAGAGAAUUGAGCAGUUAAACUAAGCUAAUGUUUCUGUGCUUAUAGUGGCCCUUUAAUUUACCAUCUGGUUUAUAAACUGGUACAGGAAAACGAACUAGCAAGAUUAAUAAUCUGCUUCUUUCAGUGCUUGUUUUACAUCGUACAAUAUCAAUGUCAUGAUAAUAAAGAGUAUUACAUGUUUUGUAUCUUUUUUUCGUAGGGACAUCUCCCAUUUGCAGUGGUCGGCAGUACAGAAGAGGUUAAAGUGGGCAAUAAACUAGUAAGGGCCAGACAGUAUCCAUGGGGUGUUGUGCAAGGUAUGUGCCUGAAAGCAUAGUUCUUCUUUUGGUCCUGUUUAUUCCGAUUAAGCCAUAAUUACAAUACAGUGGCAACCUAUUUUAAACCAUAUACAAAAUGGAGACUGAUCACAAGACGUCACAUAUAAGAGGACAGGUUUGCCUGAAAUAUUAUACAGAUAUGUUAAUGACAAACUUAAAUUGAGAAUAGCAGAACGAUUACACCUUAAUGUAAAGACCCAAAUAUAUGUAGAUGCGCUCAUAGUUGUAUCAAGAUGACAUUUAAAAUAUUUCAAAAUUAUGUUGUUUGAAUUUGGUGAAGAUGGUUGGUUUUUGACAGGUGAUAUUAAAAUAAAGUCUGUGUGUAUGUAUAUAUGUGUAUAGAUAGAUAUAUAGAUAUAUAUCUAUAUAAUUUUACACACACUAACUUUUGGAUUAUAGCAUUCCUAUGUUAAAAAUGUACUAAAUGACUUUACAUCCUCUUACAUUACCCAUUUAUUUAUAGUUGAAAAUGAAUCCCACUGUGAUUUUAUAAAACUGCGAGAGAUGCUGCUCCGUGUAAACAUGGAGGACCUUCGAGAACAGACCCACACACGCCAUUACGAGCUCUACAGAAGGUGUAAGCUGGAGGAGAUGGGUUUCAAAGACACAGAUCCUGACAGUCAGCCAUUCAGGUAUAUUUUUGGUAUAUUCAGCUUUCUCCAUUUUUUCCAGCCUUACGACUGCUAAAACAAAAGGCUGUGGCUGUUGGGUAGGAAGCUAUCAUAUGGGAGUUGGGCAAAGCCAUUGGAAAAAAAAAAACUUAAACCAGUAUCGAACAUCACAAUAUUUAUAUAAAAAAUAAAUAAACUUAGUAGGACCUGGAGGAAACACUGUUACUGUUGUUUGCAAAUUGGAAACCAAGUAGACCUUACAUUGCCAAUUUUAUUUUAUUUUAUUUUUUUUUAUUACGAAGACCUCUCAUGAAUUUUACAUUAGACCCAUGUUAACAGCUCAUGGACAUCUAUAAAUAGGCUCAUUAUAGCAAGAUCUCAUGUUUUCUACUUUCAGCCUUCAAGAGACCUAUGAAGCUAAAAGGAAAGAGUUCCUUGGUGACUUGCAGCGUAAAGAGGAAGAAAUGAGACAGAUGUUUGUGAACAAAGUCAAGGAGACAGAAGCUGAACUGAAAGAGAAGGAGAGAGAGGUAAAUGGCAGCCGUGUAUCCACAAACUAAAUUGCUUCUUUGCAAAGUUAGUGUUCAGCGCUGCCAAUAGAAUCUCCUUUAGCAUCCUGAACGCAGACAGUCUCUCUCUGUCUCUAGCACUUGUGUAGCUCAUAGCGAUCUGUGGUACAGCACUGUGCAUUUGGUACCGAAUCCAUCUUUGGUCUAGUUUAUGUAUUACAAGAUAAAGUAUAGAGCGAAAAUGUGUGGCAUACAUUUUGGUUUGGGAGGGAAGCUGUGUUCUGAACGGAGACAAGUUAACAGCUCCAGGGUACUUUGCUUACCCAGUGUUCUAAAAAAUAGCUAUGUGAUUGGAGAGCAGAGUGACUAACUGACCACUCUGGCAUAACUAUAUAAGAUUUCAUGGAAUAAGAGAUGUAGUUAAAGCUUUAACAAGAAGUAUCCUAUCUCUAAGUUAUGGAUGUGUGGAUUUUUGUUUGUCCUGACUUUGAUGUGCCAAUGCAUCUUUUUUUCAGUUACAAGAGAAGUUUGCCCAUCUGAAAAGGAUACAUCACGAUGAAAACAAAAAGGUGGAGGACAAGAGGAAGGAAUUGGAGGAAGAGAUGAAUGCCUUCAACAGACGGAAAGUUGCAAUGGAGACUUUGCAAUCACAGUCAUUCCAGGCGACUUCCCAGCAGCCUCUGAAGAAGGACAAAGACCGGAAAAAGUAAGUGUGCAAUAGCCAUCACAUCACCCCACCCCUAGAUUGUGUAGCUGCAUACAUUUAUUGGAUGGUAUUCGUGAAAUGCAGUUGCCAUUACCAAUGCUUUGAGAUUGGUAAUGUGUAUCUACUAAGGUUUAUUUAAGUCAAUAAUACAAUUAGUUUUUUAUGAAUCCACAAAUGAAAAUAUAAUUCAACAAUGCAUUUUACAGCGUAAAACUUUGCAGUAUUAAUCUUGGUCCCCUUGCCUAUCUGUGAUAUGUGACCCCCUGCUGUGGGCAUUGGAGUGUUUAUGGUUUCAAUCCUAAACAUAACAAUCCUCGAGAUUACAUUGUCAGCACAUCUAUGUGCACUCCUGAGAAAUGUUCUCUAUAACACACAGUACUGAUUGUGUUCCGCUAUGUUCUUUCACUGGACCAAUGAUGUUGAAGGAAGCAGAGCCCUGAGUUCUGCAGCAGGAUUUCUGUGUGAAGAGCUGCUCAGAACUGAAAGGGUUAUUCACUAAGGUGAGAAUUGUCAAGAAUUCAAAGUGAAUGUCAAAGUUAAGGCCAAGGGAGCUGAGCUGGAUAAUGUAUCCAGUUUGGCUAUUUUUGGAUUGAAUUUGAAUUUCAUUGAAUUUCAAUUUUUUGAGAAUUCUCAGCUUUAUUUAAUAAACCGUUUAGUUCUUGAGUAGCUAUGGAAGCAAAGUUUUCCUGUGCUAAAUUCAGGGAUACAUUAUUUGUUUGACUGACACUUUCGCAAGUUUGUUUUGAGAAGCUAAAUAAACAGACAGAUUAAGAAUUGUGAGCAUUAGUUGUGGCUAGUCUGUAAUACAGAAUCUGAUUAAGUUGGUCCAUGACUAGUGCCCGAUUAUACUAUAUCUUUAAAUUUGGUUUAUUGUACUCUACUGGCCAGUAAACCAGAACCAUUUUUUACUAACCUCGAUCUUCUGUUUACGUGAAUGUAUUUUAUGAUAUGUUUAGUCUUCAGCUAUUUAAAUCCAACUCCCAUGCUUUUCAGAAUCUAGUUGUGAAUCAGAUGAGUUGCUAUGUCUUACACAAAGAAGAAAUAUUGUAACUAAAUUGAUUUAAAAACAAAAGAAAAACGUUUUCUUUAAGUUUAUAAUUUGCUGUUUUCUCUUAGGAUUUUCAUCUAAUGCACGAUGUUUAUUGGCAGAAGAGAACUUGCUCAAUUUUUAUAUGGCUAUAUCAGAACAGAGCCACCGGCUGCAUCAUGCAGUUGCCAUAUUUCAGACGCUUCAUCAGUGGGAACCAUAGUUUAAUCUACAGGUUUCAAAAGUGGGAAACCCACUCUAAUUAAUCUAACAUGUUGCUUACCCACUAAGUGUCGAGGGGUUAGCAGAAUAUCUGUUCACUGAGGGUAUACUGAACAGUGAAACUGCUAACGUGGGCAAUGAUAUGAUCUCUAAACUUUGUAUUUUAUUAAUAACUAACACUCAUCGCAUUAUUCUGAGAGGUUGCAGAUUUAAAAAAAUGUUUACCUUUAAUCAAUUUACCAACAUUAAAUCGAGAUGGGAUGAACUGGAGGGUUGAUCUGCGAUCCAUACAAGAUGCAUGUUCAUCGUGGGCAGGAAGUUAUAUGCGAUAUGUUCAGUUUAAAGCUAAACUUUUAGGAUUGCUUGCUCUGGUACCCUAUGAUCCAGUAAAAAUGUAAUCGCCCACAUUUUAUACACAUAAGCUUAUGCCUUCUUUUCUGUGGGGAAUGUGCAGAGGGACUACUCUCAAUAGGAGCAGAACCCCUUUGAUGUUCAUAUAAUCAAAAUGUCUUCGGGCAUGGGGAUACUACCGUUGUUGUGAAUAUGGAAUUGCAUCACUAAGAUGUGGAAUAGUCUACAAACUCCGUAAAUAUGCACACAAUCAGUUUAUUAACUGAUACCCUCAUCCCGAACUUUAUUCUAGCGCCAGCUUCAACAAAGAAAAAAUGGCAGACUAUUGGAAGCAGUAGAGGGACAUGGCUUUCCAUAUUUGUCAAGGAGGCAUAGGGAGUUCUGAUAUUAUCCAUGAAGACUGGCAAAACACAGUUUUGAUUCAUGUCCAUUAUUUCAGGAAAUUAGAAGAACUUCACAGCAUCUGUAAAAUCCAUAAACUAGCCUGUCCACUAGGAUUUCUCGCUACAGCACUGAAUCCCAAACGCAAACAUCAUGCGGAUUGGAUCAUAUGUGCAUGUGCCUUUUUUUUAUUUUUUUAUUUUUUUUAUGGGUAUAUUUUUUGAUCCUUUGGGGGGUCUUAGAAAUUGGUGUCUCCUAAUAUUGGGGGGUAGUUUCUCUGAGUAGGUGGCAGAGCAAUUUUACAAUAUCUUCCACAGUUAUCCUUAUGCCUUGUACACAAAAGUUAAAUAAAUAUUCCUUUACCAGAACAAAUCUAAACUAUUUUAAAAAUAAAACCACUACAUAAUUACACACUAAAGUGUGGAUUGUUGGGAAUUCAAGCUGAAUUUAAAAUGUUAGGUCAAAAUAAUUGUAUUUCAACUACUUUGCUUAAAACUUUCAUAAAACAUGAAAUUUUUGCUUUUUAUCCCCUUAUAUACCCACCUUAGUAAUCAACGCUAAAAGUAUAGGAAGCUUCAAAGGAGGGUACAAUUAGAGUGUACUAUCUGGCAAGGAGUUUGACGUGUUCAUUCCAUUUUAAUUUACUAUUUAACUUUUAGUUAUUUGUGUGAAACUGUAAUUUUCUUUAUUGCUCUGUUAUUUCAUUAUUUUAUUACUUUGUGUUUAAAUUCUUAAUGGUUCGCAUCAAAAUGAUCAAUCCAGGAAAUGCAUUGCUUGUCUUAAGACCAUGUUUAAAAAGCAGUAUUUCAUUAAUUUGACAACUUUGAGUUCUGCGUUUUUUUUUUUUUUUUUUAAAUUAGUUAAGCCAUGAGUAUUUUUUUAUUUCGAUUACUAGCAUAGGAGUCUCCUAUGGAGUUUCCAAAUUGGUUUUAUGUAUUCAAAGGCCUGUGCCCUGUUGCUAAAAUUAAAAUAAAUAAUAUAUAGUUGAAUGAACUGAUAGACUUAUCUUUUAUACCAUGAACCGUAAAUGGCCUAUAUUACAUUACCAAUAUUAAAGGUGCAGCACAAAUUGAACUGGCAGACUAGAAACUCACUGUUGCUAGAUUAACUAACUGACUUUUUGUUGGGUUUGGUGCCAUGUUUUUGUUUGUUUUGUUUUUUCUCUCAUUUUGUAAUAUUUUUGUUUUCUUCAUUUAUUUUAUUUAGUUUUUUUCAUGCUUUGUUUCUUUUUUCAGUUAAGACGCACAGGCUUGCAUGUCAAGAUUGGACUUACACGUUCAUGUCAUUUAAUUGCAUGGAUUCUGCCCAUGCCAUCCUUCUCUCCUAACAUUGUGAAUGGACCAAACCAUAAAGAAAACAUGGAAACUACAGAGUUUACAGAUUAACCAAUAAUUUUAAUAGGUGCAGAUAUGUAAUAUGAAUUGCGUUAAUUGUAGAAAAUUGGUGCUUUCUAAUUAUCUAUGCAAGACCAUUGUACAUUUAAAAACCUUACAACUGUUUCAUUUUUUUAACAUAUCCAAAGCAGACCCAUCACUGUACUAAUUAUAUAUAAAUUAAUCCGUGACAGUAAUAUUGUCAGGGUGUACGGAUUCCUUAUGUUUAUAAAUAGAUUUUUUUUUUUUUUUCCUCUUUAUUUGGAAAUAUUUUUUAAUUACCUAUAAUGCAUAUUUGGAGAAGUAAAAGUAUUUACAAAUAAAUAUAUAAUGGUUGUGUGAGUGUAUGCUGCAAGGCCUGGCAAUAAUUCUAUUUAGUUGGUUAAAGGAGGACUGGACCCUAAAAAGAGAGAAAUAUAAAUACUUCUGUUGGAGCACUUAAAAAUCCAACUAAAGGGCUAAAACGUUGAUAUAGAAAUUUUUUGUUUGUGGUUUUUCCUUUUUUUUAACCUUGAACUGCUCUAAAAUUUUGCUGUAUUUUAUUUACACUUGUUUUAUGCCAUUUGCUAAUGGAACAUUGAAAUAUACUUUUAAUUUCGGAAAAUAAAUAUAUCCUCUUGAGUAAAUUGAGCAAUUUUUUUUUUUCCAAUUUUUCAUGCUUUAAUGAGCCAGGUAUCUGAAAAAAUUCAAAGUCGAAAUUGUUUAAAUUUUUUGUAUUGGAGACAUUUUUAUUGUGUUUUUUUUUUUUAUUAUUAUUAGUUUUUAUUGAGGUUGUUACAAAGCAUAUGUGUAGCAUCUUUCAGCAGGUAUUUUCAAAAUUGCUGUGACAUUUUAGCGGUUACAGGUCCUCUCACACCUCCAGCACUGCUUACACUCCAAUACGAUGGUAAAUUGAUAUUUUUAAAUGUUUCUUAUACUUUUUACAGUGACAAAGUUUUCAUUUAACAGCUUUUAUUUUCUAUUCUAUUUCUGUGUCAAUAAUGCCGAGGGGAGUCUGUUCUUAAAUUACCUUGUAUAGUUAUUUAAUGGGCAUUUUAAGUGUCAAGCUUUUGCUGCACUUUUCAACAGACUAGCUUCAAUUAGUCUGUGACUUUGCUUUGCUUCUUUCUUUGUGGGGGGCGGGGGGUGACAGUGAUGUCCCUUUGGGAACUGGGAUCUGUUGCUUCUCUAGAAAUUACUAUUUAAUAAAACAUUGAAAAUCACCUAUAACUUGUGUUUAUGCUUUUUUUUUUUUUUUUUCUUCAUGUGAUACUCUAUUUUCUAGUAAAUUAAUUAAAGAUUUGAAUGAACCAGUCUGUUUCCGUACAGGCACUGCCAAGGCGCACAAUGCAAAUGAGGAUGAGAAAUAAAUAAACAUUUCUUAACCUCUCUGUAUGCUUUAUCUAUGUUGACUGCCAAAUACAGAUAUUACAAUGAUAGUAGCAAAGAUGAAAGCACCCAGUUGCAGGAUAAAGAGUGAUUUAAUUUUCACACCCCACAAAUUUUGUGAAGUAGUAAACUUUAUAUUAAAAAUCCUGAGAUGUGACCGUAUCCUAUUAAGGGAACUAAAUGGAAACAGACAGAUGAAGUAAUGUUGUCAGCUGAAAUUUUCAGCUAAUUUAUUUUUCUAUAACUGCACAGAUUUGUGUACACUUUGGUGUACCAUGCACUAUGCAGGUUCCCAGAAUGCAUUGCUUUUAGUGUAUCCCAAGAUGACUAUCAGUGCAUUGUGGCUAUGUGGGUCUGAAGUCCAUCUGGCUGAUGAGAUAGGGAAUUAUCAAAAUAUAAUAUACUGUUGUGUCAGUUGUACAUUUACUGUUGGAUAGGCGAUCACAGCAUAUAGGUUAAAUUGUAUUUUUAACCGUAAAAAUAACUUCAACAGUGUGACAAUGCGGGUCUGUAGGUUUUAAAGUUGACCUGCGAUGAUUCCCAAACUUGAAAUGGUAGAGCAAUAAAUAUGGUGAAUAAAUAUAUUUACGAGAUAAUAUACUUCUCAUCAAUCUCUUUAUCUCUAUCAUAACCUGACAAGUGUCACUUCUGCACUGUUGUGAGAAUCCCAAGUAGUUUGAGUUAGUAAAAUAAAAAAAUUAAAAAAAGAUUAAGUAGUCUUUGUCUCUGAGUAUUUUCUAAAGACUAAAGCUUUAAAGAGACACUGUAGGCAUUAGAACUGUUAAAUCUAAUUCAUUAUAGUGCCUGGAGUCCUCUGGUGAUGUUUCUCCGUUCAGUGUUAAACCAUUUCUGAGCAGUUAACCUGUGAAUAAGGGCUCUACUCACCUUCAGCCAGGCUCCAACUGGAGGUAUGGCUAAGGCAGAUACAUCACCUACACUGUCCCUUUAAGGACUUGAUAGUAGAUGUGACUGGUAAUUUAGGAGAGAAGCGCAUAGUUCAGGCAGGUUUGUUGCAAUAGUUCUUCAGCAGAUCACCGUCUUUCAUCCAGCAGCUGCAUGCUUGGGAGCCUAAAAUACUAUUAGUACAACUAAUUGAAAGCUUUGUUUCCGUGAGAAAAUAUGUUCAAUAUAAUUAUUUCAGAAUCGCAGCACUUCCCUGUAGUAUCCAAUGUUCUAAAUCCCAUGCACCGAAGUGAUCAUGGUACAGUGCAGUCGCCGAAAUGAGGACGUGCAGCAGACAGUGUAGUUAAAUUUUAUUUUAUUUUUUUAAGUUACCAUGGCUGCAUAAAUAAGCAUCUGUCUCCGAAAGUCAUGGUUCCUUUUUAACAGUCCACAAUGGGCAUUUUUAUGCUGUAAAUAAUCAUACUUUGUGAUUAACAUAUAGUAAAUACCAAUUAAAAAAAGCAAAAGAAGUACUUGGGUUUUAAGAAAAGAGAAGAGUAACAUAAUGAGUAGUGAGUAUUUUUAACACCCAUGUUGUCAAUUCUUUAGUUGCAUGAACUUUGCAACUUCUCUUGACAUAAACAACUGGGGAACGGUAUAAUCGGGGACUAAAAGCUUUCCAUCGACAGAUUUAACCCCCUUGAAGUCCUUUCGGCAAAAACAUUUCCACUGACCACAAGAAACUAAUUCUGCCAACUAAGAGAAUUGGAAAGUUCUUCCCCAAGCUAGCAAGCCAUCAUGGCAAUUAAAGUUAAUGUAGAUAUGUAAAAUUUAUUUUAAAAAAGUUUGUGAUAUAACCAUUUCAAUUCGUAAUUAUUUCUUAACGUAUCUUUAAUCUUUAGCAGAUAAAAUAAAAGCAUGGUGCUAAACAAUGGGUCGGUUCAGAUAUUAUCAGUCUUUGAGGGUUAAUCAGGCUAAAUUGUCUCAAUGAUGGGGGGGAAAAGGGUGAAUUUUCAUUUUAAUAAUGGACAGGGAGCCUACAUCUAAAACAAAAUACCCCAAUUUUAAAUAUAUUAUAAGGUUUGUUGGAAUCUUAGCCGGUAGUCCUAUGCCACAAAACAGGCAUAGGUAGAUAGAAAAGAUUUCAGCAAACAAGAUUAUUAGAGUUAGCUGAGUUUGUAUGUUUAACAUGGAGAAUGUAAUACAGUGAUUUUGUUUUCCUACAGCUACAUUUUGGGAACUGCGGCUUUAAUUGUUCUGGUUUAUCUAAUGGAAAUGGACCUGUUGAGAGUUGUUUACCCAGGCUUUGGUAAUCACCAAAUGCACUGUUGUCCAGCAGAUUGCCCCAAAGAUUUUGGUAUAAACCCUGGUCAGUUUAAUACUUUUAUUGUAUUAUAGCUCGAGUGAAAUAUGUUCUUGGUGCCAUAUUGUAAAGUUCUCGGCUAGUAUUUGUAUAUGUACUUCUUAUAAAAUUGACCACACAGCUAUACAUAUGUAUCUUUUGAAAUGGCGUCACAGUCUAGAUGAAAGUAAUGUUAAACCAUCCACUGUAGUAUUGUAUGUAUAUUCACACCUGCCUUCUUGGUGGUUUUGUUUUUUAGCUUGCCGCAGGUGGUGCACCCCCUUUCUUUGUACGGCGAGAAUUUUUUUAUUUUACACACACUUGGUAUUUAAGGAGUGUGACAGUACACUUAAACCGUACAUGUGGCAUUAAUUAUGUGAUAUUCAGGGCAUUUUAAUUGGAAUUACCAAGUGUUUUAAAUGUGUAAUAGAAAAGAGGUGCAAAAAAAAAAAAAUAUAAACUUCCCAAUAAAAUUAUUUAGGCAUCAGUGGUGGGUACAUAGAAGAUGUGAAGAAUACUUUGUUUUCUCAAUGUAUUAAUGAGCCACUCAAAAUUAAAUUAAAAUUUUGGGACGUGGUAGGCCAAGUCGUUUGAUGCUCAUUUAUUUACAUGUGCAUCUUUCUUAGUGAGUGCUAUAUCCUUUGUAUGUUUUAAAGAUUUUUUUUUUUCCUUUUUAAUAAUACAAUACACUAUAGAUCCAAAGGAUUAUUUUUAAGUGAUUUGUGUGUAUGUAGUAAAGAAGAUAUAUAAAGGUAUUGUUCAUGCGAUUUGUACCCAUAAGUUGUAUUCUAUGUAGGAUUUUUUUUCCCUAUGUUCGAACAUCUUUUCAAUAUUCUGUUGGUCGUUAGCCUUGGAACAUUUCAGGGGUUAUGCUAUUAAAGAGGCUGUACCAAAUGAUUAUUUCUGUAUGUAAGUUCCCAGGUAAGAGCAUACAUCUCUGACUUAAUAACAUGGCUAUCAGUGGGUCUGGCGUUAAAUUGAUCCCUCUUACCCAUGUGUUACCAAAUCCUUUGUUUAGUUACUACUUUAGCAGCAACUUGCCAGUGGUAAUGGUAAAUGAGGGAACUAGGGGAUUAGGAGUAAAGCUGUAUGGAAUCACCUGAAAAUAUGAAAAAUUUUAAAAGGAAUGCUUAUUUUAUGAUCAGUUUACCAAUGUUUAUUUUAUCUGAUAGAAGCAAAUGCUAAAAUCAGUUGUUGGUUAGUUUAACACCAGUAGUUCUUAAAAAAAUUUUUUUAAGGGACUCAAAUGAUGUGCCUGGCGUUUACUUGGGAAUCCAUUCUUCUGUUGUAAAAAUGAAAUCAUUCUUAUUUGUUAGAAGAAAACAAAAUACAAAAGAAGAAAAAUAUUUGUUAGACAUAUACCACCAAUGUCAGAGGAGUAUCUAUUGCAUGGUAAAAGCAGUGAUGGUACAUUAAACCGCAUAUUGUGGGCGAAUAUAAUGUUUUCACAAACAAAGGUCUAGUUUCAGGUUGUCACUAAAGGGUUAAGAACCAAUGCUUUGCACUGACUAUCUGAUCGCUAGUGAGUCUGAAGGCUUGCAUCAAAAUCCUUUUGAAGCAUCCGCCAUCACCGCUAUCUCAAUGAGAGUCUGGUUUUUGUGCAUUCCGUACAGAGAACCAAUUGAUUGAGUACAUGUUAGAUCCCCUAUUUAGAAUAUAUGUAAACAAGGGCACCGAUAACUUCAUCUGUUUUCAGCAUCAUUUAGAAAAAGUUCACCCUGAACACUCAUCUUACCAAAGUCCACAUUAUUUUCUUUCAAUAUAUUUAAGAGCAGUUGGGUGACAUAAAAAACAUUGCCAUAUGCUUAUGAUUUUAGUCAAAUAUGAGUCAUGCUCAUUGUUUCCUCUUAUCAUUUUUCCACUGUCACAGAUGGAAAGUGGCGCUAUAUGCGCGGAAAUCUGUACAUUUUUUGUUUUUCUGUCGUUUAACUCCUUCUGUGCUGAACUGGAUUGCAAGAACAAAUAAUCCAUCUCUAAUUUGAACCCUUGAGUUUUCAUACAGUUAAAUGUUUAUUCUUUAAACACCCUAUAUUAUUUAGGAGUCUUUUGUUGUGACCAGAUUAAAUAUUUGUUUAGAUUAUGCUGUUCUCUAGCUGUUUUAUUUCAUUUGGUAUACCUUUUUUAUGAUUUUAUUAUUUUGAAAUGUUUCAUAUCAUCUGUUCACCUUGUGACUUGUUUUGGCAUGUGUGUGCAUUUCUCCAUUAAAUUUUACUUUAUUUUGCAUUGUGUGUUGUUUUUUUCUUUUGCAUCCACCUCCUCUCCACAACCAAUAAGAUCAUUUGUGAAGUAGCUCACUCUCUGGCUUAAUGUCAGCUUGGCUUUAGUCACCAGACAUUAGAGGAAACCUGUAUAAUCCCUAAACAGUCUGUUAAAGGUUUUACUAAGUUUCCAUAUUUAUUAUUGGCCUUAAAGAGACCCGCUAGGCACCGUAACCACGACACCUCAUUGAAGGGGUUGUGGUGCUCGGAGUCACCUGGUACUGUCCCACUGUUCAAUGUCAAGGUGAUCUUCAUUGGUUACUGAAUGAUUGUUGCUAGGUUCCCAUUGCUCCACUCCCCACUAGGUGUAAGUAAUGUGGAAAGUAUCUUAAGAAUGUAACUCUGCUCUAGCUAUUCCAUCGAUGGGCAGCAGUGACAGCCUGUCGUUGCCCACCAUUGCAGCUAAAUGCAGACGUAUGAGCCCUGGUAGCACAGAGGGGCUAGGCUGCAUUCAGUUUUAAACCCACAGAGCAUUCCAGGUAUCAUAACUACUUGUAUGAGAGCAAGUGAUUAUGGUGCCCAAUGCGUCCCUGGUAAAUCUUUAGUUUGGCCUACAAUUUACAAUUCUCUUGUCAAUGGGGAUUAUGAGAGUCUUAGUUGAACCAGUCUGAGAUCUUAAUAAAUAACCCAAUUUACAAUUGUGAAAAGUUUCAUUUACAAGAAAAUGAAUCAUUGGUUCAAAGAACAGUGGUGAAGUGUGUUUAAUCAAAUUAAAAACAGGCCUUUUUUAUCCCAGUGAUGAUGCCUUAUAGCAUAGGAUAACAAAAAAGAAAUAAAAUCUAAAAAAUAGACAUACCUGGCACAUCACUAAAAUACUGUUAUAGAUUCAAGUUGUUUAAACAUAUUUGUUUAUACUUUAUAAAAAAAAAAAAAAAAAAUUCUACAGUAUAUAAAUAUAGAAUGCACAUGGCUACAAACCGUAAUAGGACAUGCACAUUGCUGUUAUUUAUACACAGAUUUUUGCCUGUUAAAUAUGUACAGUACCUAAAAUAUGCUACAAAAAAAAAACCCAGAGUAAAACCCAUUAAAACAAUCUGCUCCAUCCCAGAGGAACUCAAGACCUCAGAAGAAGGUCAUCUCGUUGUUAGCAGAUGGUCACACACAGGAUUCAUAUCGGGGGUAGAAAGUAUUUCCAUGUUGGAACCAACAGACACAUCGGUUUAUAGUGAUUGUUCAUUUCAGUGCUUGGAAAUUCUAGGUAGAUGGAGAAGGUAAAUAAAGAUAAAGAGCCUUUUAUGAAAAACAAAAACCAUAAAUUGGUUUACAAAAAUAACCAGGUAACCAUGCUUUAAAGUCUUGAGAGGGAAGGGAAGCUGAAAGAAUCUAAGAAAUCCCCAUCAACCUGUGGCUGUAGAAUGGUAAUAAACUUUGAAUAAGUUUGAAAUUGUUUUGUGCAUCACAAUCAAUCGGCUCAAAUGAAAGCCAUGCAUUUUAGUAAAAGUAACCAGAAGAAAACUUGUCUUGAAAUAUACAUACUUUGUUGGAUUUACAAGUUAAGAAAUCACAAUCUCUUAAUCUCCCUUUUAAGCCAGCAGAGGUUUAUAAAAGUCUGUUGUCUAAAAAAGGGACACUGUAGACCUCGGUAGCUAAUGUGAAGUGUUUUUUGUUUUUUUUUGUUUUUUUUACAAAAAGUGCAGAUUUCAAUACAACUUUUAGAAAUGAACCUGGUUACACCACCCUAGCUGUCAUUUAGUCAACCGGUCUUACUUCCUGGUUGUUUAGUUCAGUGGAGCUUAAAUCAGGAGUCAGCCAGUUUAUCAGAACACCUGCCUUGCAUAGACUUCUCAUUGAGCUGCAUUGGGAAGUCUGUGAAUGGACAGCAACAGAAAUUGAGCUGGGGGAAAAGGGGAAGGGCUUGCAAAGGCUGCAGAGGAGAGAUCUGCAGUUUUGGCAAGCUGUUUUAGAAUUUACUCUUAAUGAAAAAUACAUAAUCCAAUGCAUGUAUUUUCAAUUUCUCAUUUGGGAGAUAUCUACUAGACCGUUUUAUUUUGUAUUUGGGUAAUUGAAUGUCCCUUUAAUCCAUUGCUAGAUGUUUUCAUGUCCUAAACCUUAAAGGAACUCUAACAUUGUAUUAUCUUAAUAUCUUAUCUUGGUUAUAUACUAUCUCUAGUUUUAAGUUAAUUUAUUAAGAUAUCCCUUGCCUAUUUUUCCCACUACUCCUCUCUGAAAGCCAUCUUUUUGCCCUUCUGUCAAAUUCUCUGUUAUCAGAUCCAAUGCAUGCUAUUUUGCAACUGUUCAUUGCUUCUCAACAUUUGCUGCCUGCAGAAUUAUUGUGUCAACCAGAGACGUGAUUUUGAAAAGCAAUGGAAGGUUGCAAAAUUAUGAGCACUGGGUGAGAACUGAACAUCCAACCAAACGUUACAUAAAGGUGGCUGUCAGAAAGAGGAAACAGUCAAGUCAUUUCUGUAAAAAUAACAGAAAAUUUAUUUAAAAAAAAUGGAUGACUUUUCUUUAACAUAGAUAUUGGAUCUUCAAGCAAAAUUGACUAAGUAUGACAUUUUAUUAAUAAUACUGUCACACCCUGUCUCAAAUACAUGUAAAAGGAGGAUGGUUGGGUAGUAGACUUUUUACUUACAAGGGGAGUCAAAGUAAGUUGGUGGCUUUGGUGCGAAAUGUUUUGGACUAAUGGACUGGGCAUUCUUGAGUUAUUUAGGGAAUGGGGUGGUGGUGGUAGUCGAGUAAGAGCACCCUCUCACCUUAUAGCUAUUUGGACAUGGAGACUGGGCAUUCUCUGGUAAUUUUAUUCAUAGACAAGAGUACCCCCUAGACCACUUGUUUUAUGCUUUAACCCUUUGCAUAGGAAGUGGAAGUUCGUACUUCCUUGAACAUGGAGUAGAAAAAGUAAAUUAGUAUAUUAGGCCCCCUUCUGUUGAUCCCGGAGUCAAGGGCUAAAAUUUCUUCAGUAGCCAUUGACUAUUGAAAAUUCAGCUCUGGUGAGUGUGAAAUGUGUACUCCAGAAAAGGCUGUAGUAAGUAACUUUCAAAACCUGACUGCUAGUGUAGAGCUUAGACUCCAGCAGGCCUUUAACCCCUUAAGGACCAAACUUCUGGAAUAAAAGGGAAUCAUGACAUGUCACACAUGUCAUGUGUCCUUAAGGGGUUAAAGGGACACUCCAGACACCCAGACCACUUCUGCCCAUUGGAGUGGUCUGGGUGCCAACUCCCACUACGCUUAACCCUGCAACUGUAAUUAUUGCAGUUUUUUUUAUAAACUGCAAUAAUUACCUUGCAGGGUUAACUCCACCUCUAGUGGCUGUCUACUAGACAGCCACUAGAGGGCACUUCCUGGAUCAUAGCACAGAUUAUCUGUGCUAGAGCGUCGCUGGACGUCAUCACGCUGUGUGAGGACCUCCAGUGUCGCUCAUUUCCCCCAUAGGAAAGCAUUGAAGUGCAUUUUCAAUGCUUUCCUAAGGGGAGCGCUAAUGCGCAUUAGGUCUCCCUGGCCAGUGGGUGGGAUCAGUCUCGCCCACCAGCCGACGCAAUGCAGUGGAGGAGGAAGCAGCGCUGUGGGACAGUCGCUGCGUCGCUGCCUUUGGUAAGUUACUGAAGGGGUUGGGAGGGAGAGGGGACCUGCAGUGCCAGGAAAACGGAUUGUUUUCCUGGCACUGGAGUUUCCCUUUAAGUUCAUGCAGGAUCACUCUGGUGUGGGACUAACUAUGGUGCACACUAAGAUUCCGCAAGGUUGCCUGAAUGGCAUUAUCCAACACCUGGCUCCAUUAGUCAUUGAAUUGAUACUAAAUAGGGGUCUGUUGGUUUCUAACAUUCGGUAAUAAUAAAUUGACCUCAAUAUAUUUAUUGCAAUAAGUGUAAUCCAGAAAAUACAGUUGAAGUUGAGUGGAAUGUGUGUGUAUAUAAUAUAGACUCUUUUGGUUUUUUGAAACCAUAUACUGCAGUUUACAAACUUUUUUCCUUUCAUGAGCCUACACUUAAUAUCAAAAGACCAUAUUUUAAAUUUUAUUUUUAAAUUUAUGAAAAAGAAACUGAAAUGUUACAUUGACAUAAGUAUUCAAACACUUUACUAUGACACUUGAAAUUCGGAUCAGAUGCUUCCCAUCCCAUCCCAAUAUUUCACCAGUGCUUAGUUCUAUUCCCAGAUGUAGAGCUCCUCCGGGUCCUCUCUCCCUCCCUCCCCGCCAGUAUUACAGUUCCAGCUGGCCGGUGAGGUAGAUCUGAGGCAUGGUUCCUGGUGCUAUGAUUAUGUGAUUAGCAGCGGGGAAAAAAAAAAUCUUGUGGUGCCCGAGCUGCUGGUCUAAAGUUUUUAGAAGAAAAAAAAAAAAAUUGGACACAACAGGAUAAUCCCUAAAUCCUGGACUGGUAGGGGGUACUUGAGGACUGGGUUUGGAACCAGUUCUAAAGUAUUUUUAUGCCCUGCACUUUUUCCCCAGCCCAGAUAUUUUGUGGCUGUCCAAUAACAGAUUUCCCAAUGCAUCUUAAUAAAAGGCCUUGCAAGGCAGGUGCUCUGAGAAAUUGCCUGACUCCUGAUGUUAUCUCAACUAAACUACACAAAUAGGGAGUUGAUAAAAUAGUAUCUCUCACAAAAAGUGUUUCUGGUGUCCACAUGCAAUACCACGGUUUCUCCCAAAAAGUGAUUAUAGUGGAAAAUAUAAAUAUUAACAACUUCCCUCAAUAGCAUAGGAUAUGCCCGAAUCAACACAUGUAUAGUAUAGGGCUAUUCCAGCUAGCGAAGCAAAAAUAUAACCGUGUGUAAUAAUACUAGAUAUAAAAUUAAGUGCCAAGUGAUCACUCACACUUUGACAUCAAAUAAAGUGCCUUCAGAAAUAUAUUGGUGUGUGUCUUCUUGCUUCAAUGCUGAGUAGAUGUUAAUCUCAUACAAAAGAUAGAAAAAUGCAAAAAAAUAAUGAAAUAACUGAUGUAAGUAAUAAAUGCUGCUUUUUGUACUUUAUUUACUCAAAGUAAAUAAUAGCAGAUGAUGGAAAAAUAUGUUCAAUAGUAGUCCAACGUGUUUUGUCCCGGUUAGGGACAAUCUUUUACAAAAUGCUGGAUACAAAAAACAAAACAAAAAAACUCCCUAUAUACAUCACCCACUUAGUCCCAAUAGUUAUUCCACAGGUGGUUCCGUCUUCUUUCAGCGGUUGUUGGUUCAAUUCAGAUCACUUCCGGGUUUCGGGCACUCGACGUCGUCACGUGACAGCGCAAUGACAUGGGUUCCACCUUUUUUUAUUAGCAAUUAUAGUGGAAAGCGGAGAGGUUUGCAUAAAGUCCACAAAAAGCAGUUUCUAGGUGGACAUAUGGGUGGGGUAUAUACAAGAGGGAGUGACAAAAUAAUAAAAGGAGUUACUACUCCAUAGUAACAAACAAGCUUUAUUGACAAGAACAAAAAAAAAAAAAAAACAAAAAAAAAAACCACCAUCCAAGAUGAAACAUAAGUGGAUACAUACUUAUAUGCAUGUGUGUCCGUUUAAUGACACACUGCAUAGGAUAAUAUGUACACAGGGCCGGCCUUAGGGGUGUGCGAGCUGUGCGACCGCACAGGGCGCCAUGGAACAGGGGGCGCCCUGUGGCCGACACAGCUCACUCAUGGCCGGAGUGCAGGGGAGCUAAAAGAGGUACCUGGCUGGAGGAUUAAUUGUUCUCCACCCGGGUCUAUUUAAAAAAAAAAAAAAAAAAAAGAGGGGGCGGGGUUUACCGAGCGGCGGAGGCGGGGCUUAUCGAGAGGCGGAGACGGGGCUAAUACCUCCCGAAGCCCCUGCUGUACAGGAAGAGGGAAAGAUGCUUCCCCAUCAGCCAACUGCAUCCACUGGAAAGAGGUAAGUGUGUGUGUGUGACUGUUUGCCUGUUUGUGUGACUGUCUGUCUGUGUGUGUGUGUGACUGUCUGUAUGUGUGACUGCCUGCCUGUGUGCGUGUGACUGUGUGUGUGUGUGUGUGUGACUGUCUGUGUGACUGCCUGUCCUUGUGUGUGUGUGUGUGACUGUCUGUCUCUGUGUGUGUGUGACUGUCUCUGUGUGUGACUGCCUGUGUGUGUGACUGUCUGUCUGUGUGUGUGACUGCCUGUGUGUGUGACUGCCUGUGUGACUGUGACUGCCUGUCUGCCUGUGUGUGUCUGUCUGUAACUAUCUGUCUGUGUGUGACUGCCUGCCUGUGUGUGUGACUUUCUAUCUGUGUGACUGCCUGCCUGUGUGUGUAUAACUGUCUAUGUGUGUGUUACUGUGUGUCUGUCUGUGUGUGUGACUGCCUAUGUGACUGUCUGUCUGUGUGUGUCGCUGUAGCUGUGCCAUUGUUUGUGCCUGUAUGUGUGACUGCCUUUAACUGAGUGUGUGUGUACAUGCCUGUAACCGAGUUUAAAUUUCCCCCACCCCUUCCUGUCAAGGCCGCACUUUGACUGACAGACGCUCACUCACUGACAGACGCACACUCACUGACGACACAUACACACUCACUGACGACACACACACACUCACUGACUGACACAUACACACUCACUGACUGACACAUAUACACUCACUGACCAACACACACAUUCACUCACAGACACACACACAUUCACUUACAGACACACACAAUUACACACUUACAGACACACACACACACACACACACACACACUCACUUCAAAAUAAACACUCACAGACACACACACAGACAUUUCCACUAACACUCACAAACUAAUAUUUUUUACAUUUAUUUUAAAUCCACCCAGCCUCCCUGGGAAAGCUGGAGUGGAUUUCUUACCAGCAGUCCAGUGUGGCUGCUGGGCAGGCAGGCAGGGGGCGCACAGGCUGAGUAAGCAGCGCUUAGUGAUGCCGGGAGCCGGACUGACGUCAUAUUCUGGCUCCCGGCUUCAUUAAGCGGCGCAGAGGAAGCUGAGCAGGAAGAGCUCAGGUGAGUAUGCUCCUUCGCUGCCCGCUGCCAGCCUUGGGGGGGCUCAAAAGUGGCCAGCCGGUCAGCUCUUGAGCCCCCCAGGAUGCGAGGCAAGCAAGGGAUCUGCCUGGGGGUUUGGAGGGAUGCUUUUUUUUGCCGCCCCCUGCAAAGUGGCGCCCAAGGCAGAUGCCUUGUUUGCCUCGUGAUACACACGUCCCUGGUGCCUGUGUGUGUUACUGUAUUCAGGCAACUUGGUGGGAGGUGGGGGGGGCGCCGUGAAGACUUUUUGCACAGGGCACCUAAUUGCCUAAGGCCGGCCCUGUAUGUACAAGCCAAGAUGCUCCAACUAGACCCAUUAGGGAUGAAAAAAAACAUUAUACAAAUACCUAUCAAAAAUUAAAAGAUUAUAAAUUAGAGCAUACCCAAUACCCCUAAGAGACUAAAUAAAAGAUAUACAAGUCUCCUUUAGGGGCUGUAUUUUAAAGAAGAAAAAAAAAAGAACUUUCUCUUGGCUUGUUUACUAUUAUUGUAGAACAAAUAUAGGCAAAUUUAUAUACAUAGAUAAAAUAUACGUAAUGUAUAAAAGACAGAGAAAAAGAAAAUAAGAAGCAGAAAAGAAAGGAGUGAUUAUUCCAAAAAGCACCACAGAUCAAUAUCUGCAUUUAAUCCUCCUGGUUGUAAGUUUUUCAAUACAUUUAUCCAAUAAGUUUCUCGCUGUACUAGUUUUUUGAUAAGAUUACCACCCCUUCAAUGAUUAUUAAUUUUUUCUAAACCUACAUAGUCACUCAAUCUCAAUAAUCACUCCUUCCUUUUCUGCUUAUUUUCUUUUUCUCUGUCUUUUAUACAUUACAUAUUUAAAUUUGCCUAUAUUUGUUCUACAAUAAUAGUGAACAAGCCAAGAGAAAAGUUCUUUUUUUCCCUUUAAAAUACAGCCCCUAAAGGAGACAUUAUAAUAGAGAUAUAUAUAUAUAUAUAUAUAUAUAUAUAUAUAUAUAUAUCUAUCUCUUUUACUUAGUCUCUUAGGGGUAUUGGGUAUGCCCUAAUUUAUAAUCUUUAAAUUUUUAAUAGGUAUUAGUAUAAUUAAAAGGAGAUAUAUUUUUAUUUUAAUACAUAAAAAUUCUUUUAACUUUUUUUAGCAUUUUGUAUUAUGCUUCUUUCAUCCCUAAUGGGUCCAGUUGGAGCAUCUUGGCUUGUACAUAUUAUCCUAUGCAGUGUGUCAUUAAACGGACACACAUGCAUAUAAGUAUGUAUCCACUUAGGUUUCAUCUUGGAUGGUGUGUGUGUUUUUUUUGUUCUUGUCAAUAAAGCUUGUUUAUGUUACUAUGGAUUAGUAACGCCUUUUAAUUAUUUUGUAAAUACCCCACCCAUAUUUCCACCUAGAAACAGCUUUUUGCGGACUUUACGCAAACACCUCAGCUUGCCACUAUAAUUGCUAAUAAAAAUGAAGGUGGAACGCAUGACGUCAUUGCGCAUGUCACGUGACGACGUCGAGUGCCCGAAACCCGGAAGUGAUCUGAAUUGAACCAACAACAGCUGAAAGAAGACGGAACCACCUGUGGAAUAACUAUUGGGACUAAGUGGGUGAUGUAUAUAGGGAGUUGUUUUGUUUUGUUUUUUGUAUCCAGCAUUUUGUAAAAGAUUGUCCCUGACAGGGACGAAACGCGUUGGACUACUAUUGAACAUAUUUUUCCAUCAUCUGCUAUAAUUUACUUUGAGUAAAUAAAGUACAAAAAGCAGCAUUUAUUACUUACAUCAGUUAUUUUAUUUUUUUGCAUUUUUCUAUCUUUUGUAUGAGAUUAACAUCUACUCAGCAUUGAAGCAAGAAGACACACACCAAUAUAUUUCUGAAGGUACUUUUUUGAUGUCAAAGUGUGAGUGAUCACUUGGCACUUCAUUUUAUUUCUAGUAUUAUUACACACAGUGUUGCACUAUGCUAUAUUUUUACUUCCCUAGCUGGAAUAGCCCUAUACUAUACAAAUAGGAAGUAACAGAAUGGUCGACUAAAUGAGUCAGUGGGUUGUAACAAGGUUAAUUCUUAAAAAGUGACAAUUUCUUUUGAACAGUAUGUCCUCUUUAGCUUGCUGAAAUGCAUUGGAAAAUAAAGCAAAAGUCCUUUAGGAGUCCUGAGUGUCCCUUUAAGGGCAUUUCUUAAUUUUGAAAUGUCAGCUGUUUAUUAGCUAGUUACCCAAUUUGGUAUCCUUACACAUGGCAAUCCCACAUAAUGAUCCCAUGUUUGUGUUAUAUUGAGUGUUUUGGAAUUUCAAAUAAUUUCUCAUGAAAUUCCCAUAAAGAAUUUUUAUUCACAGUAAGUUAUGUAACUACAGUAUUGUAGCUGCUCCCUUUAUAUCUUUAGUUGCUAAAUAGAUAUUAAAAACGUUUGCUUGUAUUUAGAUCAUAUUAGACUCCAACAUAUUUCUGUAACUCCUGUUCAUCAAAACACAAAACUCACAAAAUAUAUAUAUAUAUAUUUUUUUUUUUACAAGUUAAGGCAUUUAUUAGAAAAAAAUAACUCACAGCAAUGUUUAAAGAAACAUUUUACAAUAGAUUCUGCCUCCUAGUCAUUUAAAAAACAAAAACAAACAAAAAACACACACACCAUGGUCAUGCCUGUUCGACUUUACAAAGAAUAAGAAUUAUUCAGAAUAGAUAUAUCAAAUAAAAUAAAAAAGUGCUUACACAAAAUCUCAAUAAAAUAAACAUUACAUCUGAAAUAAAUAUGUACAAAAUUACAAAACUGAAAAGUAAUUCAGGCACCCCCAAAAAAAUAAAAUAUGCAUAUAAAAAAAAAUAAUAAUUGUAAAAAUUGACUUGGCUUAAUAGGAGCAAUUAAUGUUGUCCUACCAACACCUCUUCAAACCAGGAAGAAUAAUAUAAUUAGAUACAUGAAUUCCUCAUAUUCACUGUAAGAAUGACCGUGUCCCUAGCAAUCUAUGAGAUUGAUAUAUUAACAGUACAGCUAUAAUCUUCCACAUUUAUAAGGCUGUAUGUUUAGCUUGUACUGUGCAACAUAUGUAUAGCUUUGAGCAUGCACAUUAAAAUGGAGUGUUCUUACCAUAACCACUACAUUAUGUUGCCUAGAGAGCCUUGGCACCAUCAUCUGGCUUCAUAUCAAAUGCUUAGGAGCAGUGUGAUAUAAACCUGGGAAUUUUUUGUUUUUAAAUUAAAUGGUGAAGAGGCACAUUAGCUACCAUAACCACUAGUGAGCUUAGUGCACCAUAUUACUUUAAGUUCAUCUGAGCAGUGACCUAGGUCAUCCAAGUUUAGCAUAUGAGCUUGUAUAUAAUGCAAAGACAGGGGUCUGGAGUAUAUUUAAAAUAGUAUUAAAUGAGGGCUAGGGACACAUGAGAUUUGUCCCCCACAGGGCCAUUUUCUUACCCGUACAGGAUAUACAAACAAAAAAGAAAGAAAUUUGUAUAUAUCUCAACCGUAAUCACAUUUCACUGAAUGAUGUAUUAAUUCAAACAAAAGGGAAUAUAAAAAAAAAUAUAAAAAGCGUUCAUUCUUCCACUUGGAAUUCUUAAACAAUGCUGGCCAAAUUAGCCAAAAUGGAUUUGUAGAACUUUAAACUAGAGUUAGUUUAUUUUAUUUCCUUGACAAAUCCCAUGGCAUAUGCUUUAUUAAAUGUCCAUGAGCACCAAAUUUGAGAAUAUAUUUUAUAUAUAUAUAUAUAUAUAUAUAUAACCAAAAGUGAAGGGAGCACACUAGGACUGCUUCUGAGUGGCAAAAAAAUAGUCUUUACUGUAUUAUAAAAUAAUACAUGUCCUGUGCAGAAUACAGACAAUCGACGUUUCGACCCUCCUGGGGUCUUUAUCAAGAUCACGAACUUGAACUCGUUUGAAUAAGUUUGAGGAGGAGUGCCUUGCCUAUCUACUAUUGUACAUUAUAUAUAUAUAUAUAUAUAAAAAUGUAUCCAGGUACAUAGAUAAGUGCUCUAGUUUUCAUUACUAUAUCAAUACUACAGUAUAAAGGAGAAAAAUACAUUUAUAUAUACACACACACACACACACACACACACACACACACAGUAUAAAACCAAAAAAAGUGCAUGCUCAAUUGGCAAAUAAAUACAGUUUACAGUGAGAAAUACAAUCUGAAAAAAAAAAAAAGAAAUGUAAUUAUAUAUAAAAAACAUAGCCACAUCUGUACACAGGGCUAAAUUUGUCCACUCACCUACUAGCCAUUGGAGAGUAAAAAUUUAGCCUUGGCAAGUAGAAAUUCUCCCCUUGUAUUCAAGGCUUGCAGUGGCAAGUUACUUUUUGGCCUGUCUUGUAGCAUAGGACCUGAAAUUUUGAGCCCUGCAUAUAUUUACACACUUUAGUAUUUAUGUAGACCAGGUAUAGGCAACCUUCAGCACUCCAGAGGUUAUGGACUACAUCCCCCAUAAUGCUGGCAAAGCAUCAUGGGAGGUGUAGUCCAAAACAUCUGGAGUGCCAAAAGUUGCCUAUGCCUGAUGUAGACGUAUGUCUUUGCCCCCCGCCCUCCCAAAAAAAGAAUGCUACAGUGUUGCGUCUAACAUACAUGAAGUUAAACCAAACACUACAGAGUAUUCUUUCGCUAAUAUUAUACACAAUACCGUUUAAUAAGACAGUAAUAAUAUGAACUAAAAAUAAAAGCAAGAUUAAUGGAGGGAUGGAGAACAAACGAAAAGGCAGUGUGGGCAGUAACCGUUCUGAGCAGCCAAAGUAUUCGUGCACAUUAGAGGAAUGUUCCAGCGAAUCUGGGUUGCAUUUUACCCAAUACCUUUAAAAAGAACACUAUAUAUAGAAUAUAUAAAAUCCCUGAGUGUUAAUUUAUAUCUUAUAUUUAAACAUCUGUAUAAGGCUCAGCACUGUAUUUCAAAAAAGUAAACUAGCUUUUGUUAGCUAAUUGUAUCUUGGGAAAUAGUCAAUUGGGUUAUUUAAAGAGGACAAUUCAAAAUUAGUUUUGAUUAGUUUUUGUCCUGACCUGACUGACAUUCUCCAUUUCCACCUCCUUGUUAUAUAUUGAAAACAACCUCAAUAACCUGGAAUGGGGCAAAAAAAAAAAAAAAAUAAAAUAAAAUCCCAAAAAACACUCCACACAUGUAUCAUACAGAACACUGUACCAAAUGAGCAUGUCACAAGAACAUUACCUCCUUCCCCCAAAUAAUCUCUUAUUAGAUUAUCUUUGGCAGCAGAAAGACCAGAAAUUUGGCAAGUCCAUUAGCCGUAAUCUUUCAGUACAAGCAAUAGUUUAUUUUCCUGUAUUGCUUUUGGAUCCUUAUUCGGUUCCCUUUUUUCCUUUUGGCACAGACCUGGUACCUCCUAAUUUAAUGAAGGGUACUAUACGAUGAGGCAUUGAUAGCUGCCUCCUCUGUGCCUUCUUCACUGUACAGAUACUUGAAUCCAUCAUAAAACUCUGUCUCCAUUAUAUCCUGAUGAGCUGACUCUGAAGCACUGGUGAGAGGAUCUUGAAAAGGCUUGCUCAUUUUUUGUCUAACGACAGUCACAGCCUGUGCAUUGCACCCUUCAGGAGAAGAUAUAUUAGCCCUUUUCUUUGACCGAACAGCUUUGCUAGUAGAAAUAAAAACAUACACGGAGUUGGAUGGCAUUAGCCUUUCAAGGUGACGGUCAAUCAUUUCCUUACAGUUGAUAAAAUCUGCAUUUUCAAUCUGAAAAGAGAAAAUCAAAAUUGCUAAAUUAGGUCAGUUAAAAUUCCUUAACCCCUUAAGGACUAAACUUCUGGAAUAAAAGGGAAUCAUGACAUGUCAAACAUGUCAUGUGUCCUUAAGGGGUUAAAGAGGUUUAGUUAGUUAGCCAUAUGUAAUCAUUACAGGAUUGCCUCAAAUCAAGACAGGUAUUCAUAAACAGUCUUACCUUUUUCUAAAAGUUUAGAAUCUUUGUUUCUAAAGGUCAUAUUUUCCUCAAUCCAUAUACUUUUCUUCACUCAUCUGACCAGAGACUACUUAAAGGAACACUAUAGGGUCAUGAACAAACAUGUAUUCCUGACCCUAUUGUGUUAAAACCACCAUCUAGCCCCCCAAAUCCCCCUUGCCUUACUAAAUAUAGUAAAAUCUUGUUUUCAAAUCUGCAGACAUCAUCAGAAGUGGUGGUCUGAGCCAAUCACAAUGCUUCCCCAUAGAUUGGCUGAGACUGUCAAGAAUGCAGACCAGGGGCAGAGCCAGCACAAGUCAAACACAGCCCUGGCCAAUCAGCAUUUCCUCAUAGAGAUAAAUUGAAUCAAUUAAACUCUAUGAGGAAAGUUCAGCGUCUCCGUGCAGAGGGUGGAGACACUGAAUGACAGUGCCCCAGGAAGCACCUCUAGCAGCCAUCUGAAGAGUGGCCAGUGGAGUCAUCACUAAGCUGUAAUGUAAACACUGCAUUUUCUCUGAAAAAAACAGUAUUUACUGCAAAAUGCCUGAAGGGAAUGAUUCAACUCACCAGAACAAAUGCAAUAAGCUGUAGUUGUUCUGGUGACUACAGUGUCCCUAUAGUGCAGUUUCCCAAUCACAGCGCCAGGCAAAUUAGGUUAACCACUUAAGGACACAUGACGUGUGACAUGUCAUGAUUCCCUUUUAUUUCAGAAGUUUAGUCCUUAAGGGGUUAAGCAGCAGAUGAUCAAAUAACAGUAAAGUCUAUUUUGAGCUGUCUGAGUAGCCAUUUUAGUCUUUCUGCUGACCUAACUCUUACAACAUAAGCACACAAAUACUAAAAAAAGUAAUUUUUUUGGAGACAAAAUAUGAUAUAUCUAUAUAGAUAUAUCAGGUCUUGACAAAUUUGCUUUGAAUCUAGGAGCCAACUUUAAUAAAAAAAAUAAAUAAAAAAAAAAUAAAAGUUAGGAGCCAUUUUUUUUUCCCAAUGACAAAAAUACAAUUCUUAAAGGAACACUAUAGUCACCAGAAGCACUGUAGCUUAAUGUAGCAGUUCUCGUUUCUAGAGCCUGUUCCUGCAGGCUUUUCAAUUUAAAACACAGCCUUUGUAAAGAAACACUGAUUUCAUUGCAUCUCUGGGAGAAGAUGCCAAUUGGAGCAGCAUUUUGCCGUUCAUGCUCAAUAGCUUCCCAACACAUUCCUAUGGAAAAGCAUUAAAUUGGCUGAGAUCAAGAUUGAUAAUUCAGUUAUGAGGCGAGCUAGCUGCAGCGACGCUGGCACACCAUUUGAAAAAGGUAAGUAAAAACCACCAUUCCCAUGUGAUUGGAGGUGAGCUGGUGACCUAAAUCUACACAUUGACAGACACAAUAUUUUUUAUUAUUUGAUAGUCAGAUAGAUAUACACAUACAGAUUCAUAGAUAGACACAGACAAAUACACAUACAAAUAUACACAGAGAAAAAAUAAAUAAAUACAUAAUUUUAUCCACCCUCCUGUUUCCUACCUUGUGGGCAAAGGAGGGAGGCUUUCGUGUGGUCUAGUGGGAUUGGGCAGCAGCAUGUUACAGUGGGGCUGGAUGCGGCUGAUGGGAGUGAGCUGGCGCUGGUCCAGACUCCCCUCCUUUAUCCCCGUGCAGCUCUCUGUGCGCUUGGGAUGAAGAUCGGGAACUGAACUACUUUUUAAAAUUUUAAAUUCAAUAGAAUUCCUGACAAUUCAGUAGUGCUCACCCUUGUUUAAUAGCAUUAACUAGUUAAAUACACUUCAGAAAUAUACAAACAAAACAGGGUUAUGGUUUAAAAAUGUUAGGCCAGACAUUUUAGUGGAUCACCCUAAAACAGAUUUUCUUUACACAUAUUCACUGCCACAGCCAUUUGGCUCUGGGUGAAAAUGAAAAACAUCCUUAUCCAAGCUUGAUCAUAUUAGGACAAUUAUUUGGUAUCUUUUCUCUGUAAAGCGGAUUACUUACAAUUUAGGACAGUAAAAUACUCAAAAGGUUUCUGAAACUUGCCAUAUUGGAAGCUUCCUCCCACCAGCCAUAAAUUGCAUUAGACCAGUUUCAGCUUCCUUUCAUACUCAGUCAGGUGCUCCUCCCCUAUACCACAAUUUAUUCCUAUUGCAUUUUCUAACAUACAGUUUUGCACACUAUGGCAUCAAAUUGACUAAGUCCAACAUGUCACAUAGCCGUUUGCUUGGUUAAACCACAAGGAGGUGAGAAUGCAAGUUUCCAGCCUUUGCAGCUACUAACCGAUGUUAUACACGGUUGAUCGUGUUUUAUGUAUAAAUUAUAGAGCAGAGGAACAACUACUAUCCCCUUGAGAUUGCAGCCCUUCUGCAAUGAUGUGAUGAUAAUGUGACAACGCAGUGCAACACUUUCAUGCUUACCUUUGAUUUCUUCAACAGCUCAGAAGUAAUCGGGAACCAAUCAGCAGUCAUCAACUCCAACUCCAAGCUGAUGAUUACCAAAGCUAAUGUGGAGCCUUUAAAUUGCAAUAACUGGUGGCAAGCCAUGCAGUGCUGCACCUGUCUAGUCAAGAGUGCAACAUGGCGAGAGGGAUUCAUUUGAGGAUGGCCAUGGAAGAACGAAGGCCAAAGGGACAUCACCAUGGCAUGAAACUGAUACAAAAAAAAUAAUUAUAUAUUAAUGUCUUUGGUCAAUUGUCUACCAUUCAUGUAUCCUCCUGACCAAAU